AACAAGAGAAAAAGCGAGAGAGACAGAAGAGAAGAGAAGAGAUCAGCUGGCGGAUGGGGGCAGGGAAGCGGCCGGUGUCUUGAUCCAGGCAAGAUCCGAUGGGCGGCGGUGGGGCGCACGAUCCGGUGAACUGCAAGGCGGGGGGAAAAAGACAAAAGUUUGCGAAUGAAUGGGGUUUACAGCUGGGGAAUCCCAUUCAGGAGAGGCGGGGUGGCGAAUUCUCCCACGAUCUUAAGCUGGGAGCGUGUGGGGCGAGGAUGGGAAUGGGUUUGGUUUGAUGCUGAAUGGGGCUUGAUCGGGGAUCCGCAACAGAAAUCAUUCAUAUACGGAUCUGCUGUGGCUGGAGAAGGGCCUGCAAGGGAGCCGGGAGGGUCGCGUCGACUUUUCCUUUUGGCCUCCGUUAAGGUUUCCAGGUAUGGAUACUGUAUUUUUGGAGAGUUGCACACGCAGAAAGGACUUUCCCUCCGGGGUGGCUGCCCAGCGCCCACCCCCCUUCUCCUAGCUGCACCGGCGAGAGAAGGCGAACCUGAUGGAAUUUUCCCCGCUCGGCAGCCCUUAAAGAUACCGGAGCCCAAGCGGCUUUUAUGACCCGGAGUUAUUUUUUUAUAUAUAUUUUUAUGGCUUUGCAAUGAGGUUGGGUGGAGAGGGGACGCCUUAGUUUCUCGAUCGCUGGGGGGGAAAGGGGCGGAUUUCUUCCUGCCAGCGUUAAUUCUUUGCAAAUUUGCAAAAGGCGCAAAAGAAAUCGAGGGGGUGGUUUCGGCGGGGCAAAUAACUCAGUGCCUACCGAAGGAAAAGUGGAGGAGGGCUUUUGUUCGCAUCCGCUUUCGUUCUCUGCCGAGCUUGCCGGCUGCUUUGAACCACAGCUUGGUGCGCAAGAGAAGCUCUUCGCAGCAUUAGCGCCUGCACGUCUGGCUGCUGGUCAAAGCGAAAAGAGCAGAAUCGCGCUUUGCUCCGAUCCAUUGGUGAAAACCUUGCUUGCAAUCCUAGGAAUGUUUCAGCCGUGCGGCUCUUCUGGUGCCAGCGUUGGAUUUUCACAGAAUCUCGCUAAUUUUUGUGGCUUUGGGUGUGUGUGUGUGUGUGUGUGUGUGUGUGAGAGAGAGAGAGAGAGAGAGAGAGAGAUUGAUUCAUCUUUUUGGGGGAGGGAGUGUUGUGUUGCAUUUGUGCAUCGGUUUUAUACCCCGCUUUUCCUCCCAAAGGAACUCAGAGCGACGAACACACCGGCAUUUCGACAACAGCAAAACCAAAAAAUAGUUUGAUGCAAUGGCUGGGUAGGAUUAGUUACUGCUCUGGCCAACAGCCUGUGACUUUGAAGCUGUUCCUUUGUAUUAUGUAUAUUUAGGGGCUGGAAAGGAGAGAGGAAAUAAGUCAGGUUUUGCAGUUCUAACAGGUUUUGCAUCCCCACUAGGAAAUUCUUCCCUUCUCCAAAUGGUGAGGUAGCGCUGCUAAGUAGUUACCUUCAUUACUGGGCUUUUCACUGGCCUUAGCUUAGGCUGUGUAGACACCCUAAUCUUAAGGCACACAAAUUUCGCAAACAGUCCUGGGCACUGCAGUUUAUCUCUUAAGGUAAAGGGACCCCUGACCAUUAGGUUCAGUCGUGGCUGAUUCUGGGGUUGCGGCGCUCAUCUCGCUUUAUUGGCCGAGGGAGCCGGCGUACAGCUUCCGGGUCAUGUGGCCAGCAUGACUAAGCUGCUUCUGGUGAACAAGAGCAGUGCACGGAAACGCCGUUUACCUUCCCGCCGGAGCAGUACCUAUUUAUCUACUUGCACUUUGACGUGCUUUCGAACUGCUAGGUUGGCAGGAGCAGGGACCGAGCAACGGGAGCUCACCCCGUCGCGGGGAUUCAAACCGCCGACCUUCUGAUCAGCAAGUCCUAGGCUCUGUGGUUUAACCCACAGCGCCACCUGCGUCCCUUAUGGAGCUACAAUUCCCAGCACCCGUAGCAAACUACAGUUCCCAAGAUUCUUUUGCAGGAAGCAGUGUCCUUUAAAUGUGUGAUGUGUAGGCACUCUGCUUUUCCUUCUCCUCUCCUUCCCCUCUCUUCUGAGGAUUGGUCAGCUAUUCCAUGCUUGCACCUUUAGGAACAAAUAAGUCUUUCUAGAGAUAUUCUCUUGCCUCUUAAGCAGGGAUUUCUGGCCUGGGGAAAAAUGGAUUCCUUUUUAUAGAACUGAUGAUGAACUGGUCUGUGAAUCAAGUUGCAGCUUCUGAGGAAGGGUUAUAGCUCAGUGGUAGAACUCUUGCCUGGUACAUAUAAAGUCCCAGGUUCAAUCCCCAGCUAUGGCUGAGAGAGUUUCUCUGCCUGAAAUCUUAAGAACUGAUAGUUGGUGUAGACAUUACUGAGUCUGAUGGACCAAUAGCAGUUUCCUGUGUUCCCUCUGUCCUUUCUGGGACUUUUAAUCCACUGCUUCUUUGCAGCAUGGCCCGUCUGCUCAGCCUUAGCUGCCUCCUCACCCUAAGAGAGGGCACUUCCAGACAACCUGUUUAUUGAGCAUGCACACUGAUUUGCUGGCAGGAAGCUGAGGUGACAAGUUGCAUCAGAUUCAGGUCACACCUCCCAGUGCAUGUCCUCCACCACUUUCCUUGUUGCAAAACACCCAGGCUAUCUCCACGUUGCAAGCAAUUAUAAUUGUGCAACCUGCAUUUGGUGGGAUGCGAUUGCAUCCCAGUCCCCAAAAAACAACUCCAAAAACUGGCGAGUCCACAAUUUGUCAGUGACAAAUGUAGAGGCAUGGGAGAAACUCUGGGAUCUGACCUCGGAAACUUCACAUGAGAUGGGAAGGACUUUCCCCAGGGCUGUAGCCAUGGAAUCAGAUGCAGCAGGUCAGUUGUCGGUGAAGUUAACUCUUCAAAGAAACGACACACAACUUGGCAACACUUCACAGUAGGUCUUGCCCUGUGGAGCAGGUCCCUGCCCUCCGCCCUUUCUAAGGCUCCUCCUCUCCUGGAUGUUUCCCAAGCAGUCUCAAACUGCCUCCCUCUAGCCUCUGUUCUGCCCUCCUCAAUAUUCAGCACGUUCUUCGAAACCAGGGUGGAGGUGGGCUUGUCGCAGGAGGAGAGGGAGACCCCCCUGGAUUCUUCAGCAGUAUCCUGAUUCCUCUCCUCUGCUUCAGCCUCAGAGUCUGAACAGCUCCCUGUCACAUAUUCCUCCUGCUCACUAAACCCUGUUGCUCCUUCAGCUUCUGGAACCUCCUCUCAAUUUUCCCCUUCUCAUUGGUGUCCUGCCGCCAAUCCCUGGGCUCUGAGCCUUCCUCCUCUGGGGCUUCCCUUGGGGGUCCCCAGCUGGUGCCUCCCACCACUCGUGUUCUUCCAGCCAGUCCCUGACAGUGGGGGACUGGCCCCCUCAACAAAAUGCCAAGCUAUAAUAUCUUCUGUGCGUUCUCAGCUUUCAUCUUUAAAAACUCUUACUUACUGAGAAACCAGGAAAAAUAUGUUCGCUGCGUUCUACUUGGUAGAGAGUAAAGGGGCAAAUGUCCCUCCCUCCAGAUGUUUUUGAAUUCCCAUCAACCCCAGCCAGUGGCUAUAGCUAAAGGAAGCUGGAGUCCAGCAACAUCGGUGUUUUGUCAAUAAGUGUGAAGAAACCGGGGGGAAUGACCGGUACUUGGAACAUUGGUUUCUAAUUCCAGAAUUGAAUAGAUAAAAUAACAUUUGAACUUAACUGGAGUGCACACGUUUUCUUGCCACCACUGGUUUUGCAUGGGCUUUGUCCUGGGUCAAUAGGUGCGCAACAACUGUGCAACAUUUCUGUGGCCGUUUGUGGUUAUGGACCUAAAUUCCCUACACAUUAAAAACAGCAACAAGCAUCUGAUAUCAGCCCUGCAUUACGAAAAAGCAAGAUCCUGUACUGUGAGCAGUAUAAAUUUUGCACAUUGAAAUUAUUUUUCAUAACUCUGUUUUAUUUGCACAAAAGAACAGCUAUGAUUUUGCCCUUUUUUUUACUCCUCCUGAGACACCUGCAUGCGAUUUGUGCUCACGUGCUUUCAAGCAGAGUAUUUGCAGCUAAAGACUUGCUCUGGGACCACCUUCUGUAUUCUGUGCUACAGCAGUAUUUAUUUACUAACUUAGUGCAUUCAUACCCCCUUUUUUUCCCCCAAGGAGCCCAAGGUGGCACGUAUGGCUCUUCGCCCUUCGUUUACUUCCCACAACACCCCUGAGAGGUAGGUUAGGCUGAGAGGAAAUGACUGGCCUGACAUCACCCAGCGAGCUUUGUGGCUGAGUGGGGAUUUGGCCCUCUAGUCUCCCAGGUCCUAGUCUGACACUUUUACCCCUGUGCUGCACUGGCUUGCACCCUGGGUGCAAUCCGUACUAUGGUAGCUCAACAUCCACCUUCCAAGGGGGUUGUUUUACUGAGCAGUAAAUAAAUGAAGGGAUGUGGGUGGCUCUGUGGGUUAAACCACAGAGCCUAGGACUUGCCGAUCAGAAGGUUCGAAUCCCCGCGACGGGGUGAGCUCCCGUUGCACGGUCCCUGUUCCUGCCAACCUAGCAGUUCGAAAGCACAUCAAAGUGCAAGUAGAUAAAUAGGUACCACUCCAGCGGGAAGGUAAACAGUGUUUCCAUGCGUUGCUCUGGUUCACCAGAAGUGGCUUAGUCAUGCCAAUAAAGGGAGAUGAGCACCACAACCCCAGAGUUGGCCACGACUGGACCUAAUGGUCAUGGGUCCCUUUACCUAAAUAAAUGAAGGAGCGUCUCCACCCCCAUCGUCCAGCCCAGACACUGAGGUCCAGCGCCGAGGUCCUUCUGGCAGUUCCCUCACUGCAAGAAGCAAGGUUACAGGGAACCAGGCAGAGGGCCUUCUCGGUAGUGGCACCCGCCCUGUGGAACGCCCUCCCAUCAGAUGUCAAGGAAAUAAACAACUAUGUUACUUUUACAAGACAUCUGAAGGCAGCCCUGUUUGGGGAAGUUUUUAAUGUUUGAUGUUUUAUUGUGUUUUAAUAUUCUGCUGGGAGCCGCCCAGAGUGGCUGGGGAAACCUGGCCAGAUGGGCAGGGCAUAAAUUUAUUAUUAUUAUUUUAUUAUAAAGUUGUUUACGUGGUCAUUGGGACACAUGCAUGGGAAGAGGCAACUGAACACCUCUGCCCCCAUCUCCUCUUUUGACUGCCGUAAACUAAUGUUUAAAGAGUCAUAUUUUUGUUGGUGGGAAAAUACUGCAAUCCUACUCCCCCCCCUCAACUGGCACCCAGGAUAUGAUAUGAUAAUUUUAAUUGCUGUUUUAACUGUUGUUCCAUCUUAAUGGGGUUGCAUUAUUGCACAUUUUAAUUAUGGAUGUUGCAAUAUUUUGAUGGAAUUGUUCUAGCAUGUGUGUUGCAAUUGGUUUUAUACCUACUAAGAAGAGGUUUGGGGACAGGGGUGGCGCUGUGGUCUAAACCACUGAGCCUAGGGCUUGCUGAUCUGAAGGUUGGCGGUUCGAAUCCCCGCGACGGGGUGACCUCCCGUUGCUCGGUCCCUGCUCCUGCCAACCUAGCAGUUCGAAAGCACAUCAAAGUGCAAGUAGAUAUAUAGGUACCGCUCCGGCGGGAAGGUAAACGGCGUUUCCGUGCGCUGCUCUGGCUUCGCCAGAAACGUCUUAGUCGUGCUGGCCACAUGACCCGGAAAAACUGCAGACAAACGUUGGCUCCCUCAGCCUAUAGAGCGAGAUAAGUGAGCAACCCCAGAGUCAUCCGUGACUGGACUUAACUGUCAGGGGUCCUUUACCUUUACCUUUUUUUAGGAAGAGAUUUUGGCACUCUGAAGACAUAUGGUCCACCCACCUUUCUGAAGCUAAGCAUCGUUGGGUCUGGUCAGUGCCUGGGUGCAUGACCUCCUUGGUAACCACAUGAACACCAUCUUGGGUUCCAUGAUUAAAGAAAGCGGGGGACAUACCGGUAAAUGCAAGAAAAUGAACUUCAGAAUAUUAUGUACACUUGCAUUGAUGGCUGAACUUUGCUUGGAAGCACCACUUGGCAUAGAAUCUCAGAGUUGGGUCAUUCCAAGGCUUAUCUAUUCCAACCCCUGGCAAUGCAGGCAUGAUUCGGUUCAGUGUGGUAUAGUGGUUAGGAUGUUGGACUAGGACUCGGGAGACCAGGGUUCGAAUUCCCACUAGGCCAUGAAGCUCACUGGGUGACCUCGUAGCCCAGGGGUCAGCAAACCUUUUCAGCCGGGGCCGGUUCACUGGCCCCCAGUCCUUGUGGGGGGGGGGCGGACUAUAUUUUAGGGAGAAAAUGAACAAAUUCCUAUGCUCCACAAAUAACCCAGAGAUGCAUUUUAAAUAAAAGGACACAUUCUACUCAUGUAAAAACACCAGGCAGGCCCCACAAAUAACCCAGAGAUGCAUUUUAAAUAAAAGGACACGUUCUACUCAUGUAAAAACAUGCUGAUUCCCGGACCGUCUGUGGGCCGGAUUUAGAAGGCGAUUGGGCCUGAUCCGACCCCCAUGUCGUAGCCAGACACAGUCUCUCCGCCUGAUUUGUUGUGAGGAUAAUCUAGAGAUGGAGAGCUCCUUGGAUAAAAAGGUGGGAUAAAAAUGCAAUAAAUAAUGAGGGUGAUGAAGAUGAGUGACCACAGCUAAAGAGCAGAUUGAGAGAUGGUGAGCUAACGGAAGGAAAAUGAGCCUCGAUAGCUCAGUUGGCUGGAGCAUGGUGCUGAUAACGCCAAGGUUGCAGGUUUGAUUCCCGUAUGGGGCAGCUGCAUCUUCCUGCGUUGCAGAGGGUUGGACUAGAUGACCCUCCGGGUCCCUUCUAACUCUGUGAUUCUACCAGUGUUGCCAUCUUGGCAGGGAGUUCCUGACAAAUGGCAGCUUGGCUGAACAAGCCUGGGUGUGAAAUGUCUGGAAGGAAGUUGUUUGGGAGGGACCAGGGCAGGGGCGAGGAACCAUUGGGCCUCCAGAUGUUGUUAUUAGUAUAAAAUAAUGUGUUUAUUUAAAUUUAUUCUAUCCUGCCCUUCCUCCUGAAGCUGCCCAGGGCGGGAGAUGCACACAUUAUAAAACAAUUAAAAGAUCUGAAAAGGAUCUUGUUGCUGCUGAACAACAUCUUGCAUCAGCUCACACAAGCAUACCCAACGGCUAGGAGUGACGGGAGUUGUAGUUUGAAUGAAUUUUAUUAUUUCGGUCACAGACCAGUUCCAGCCCACAUGCAAUAUCAAGGAAGUCAUAAAACACGAUAGGGAUACAUUUGAAUUUGAAAUUAGGUAUAACAGGGACAAAACGGAUAUAGCAACAGUUAAAAAAAUAUAUAAAUUAAAACUUGGUCACCAACAUACAGUGGUACCUCUGGAUAUGAACAGUUCCGGAGCCCCGUUCGCAUCCUGAAGUAAAUGUAAGACGUGUGUGCGUGGGUUGCAUUCCGCCGCUUCCGCACAUGCGCAUGACGUCAUUUUGAGCGCCUGCGCAUGCUCGAGCGGCGAAACCCGGAAGUAAUGCGCUCUGUUACUUCCGGGUUGCUGCAGAGCGCAACCCGAAAAUACUUAACUUGAAGCUACUUCAACCCGAGGUAUGACUGUAUAGCCUAAAAUGAUCAUUUAAGGCCUUAAUCAUUAUGAUAGCACAGCUUGUUCCCUAGGUUUUAUGGCAAUCGCACAGAAUUUGGCUACCCUUAACAUGAUCUCAGGAUCCUUGACGGGAGUUGUAGUUCAGUAACAUCUAGAAAAGGGACGCGGGUGGCUCUGUGGGUUAAACCACAGAGCCUAGGACUUGCCGACCAACGGGGUGAGCUCCCGUUGCUUGGUCCCUGCUCCUGUCAACCUAGCAGUUCGAAAGCGUGUCAAAGCGCAAGUAGAUAAGCAGGUACCGCUCCGGCGGGAAGGUAAACGGCGUUUCCGUGCGCUGCUCUGGUUCGCCAGAAGCAGCGUAGUCAUGCUGGCCACAUGACCCGGAAGCUGUACGCCGGCUCCCUCAGCCAAUAAAGCGUGAUGAGCGCCGCAACCCCAGAGUCGGCCACGACUGGACCUAAUGGUCAGGGGUCCCUUUACCUUUUACCUUUAACAUCUGGAAAUGGAAAAAAACAAAACAAAACCCAAAUUAAGAGAGGGCAAAUCCCACUGGGUUCUUCUGUGUGUUUGCUUUCUGGCACUCUUGUGGUGUCUUGUUUCCAUCAUCCACCCAAGAAUAAGUAUCUUAACACUUAUUUUAUGCUUUCUCUUUGGGACAAUCUAGAAAUAUGCUUCGCUCGCUGCCUGCAAACCCCCUCUUGCUUCUGAAUCUGUGUGGCUGAUUCACUGUUUCUCCAUGUCGGUGUGGGUUCGGCGAGUGUGUUGUUGCUGUUAAUUUGGCGGGUGGCUCCAUGCCCCGUCUUGCUUACUGUUGCGUGCCUCUGCUGAGCCAGCUGUAAUGUUUCACUGGAAGGGAACAGAUAUGAUUCGGGCAAAAGGAAGCAAAUUGAAGUGCCACUGAUUUUGGCAAGAGACUGGCAAGGAGAGGGAGCAGUGGAUGAAGCUUUUGCUGUACCACCAACGCUGGGAAAUGAGAGAGUGUGCAAGGCACAAAAGCGCAACCCCCGUUUUGAUUCUGUGCCCAGUUUCAGGUGCUUCUUUAGACUUUUAAUGAUUCGGGAUCUGGGGGUGCAGAGGACUGCAUCCCGCCCACAAGAGGCUGCUUGUAUGCUGCGGAUGUCAUACGCUCUGUCCCCACCUCACCCCAUCUGAGAUGCGUAGAAUCAUAAAAUUGUAGAGAUGGAAGGGACCCCACAGGUCAUCUAGACCAACCCCCUGCAAUGCAGGAAUCUCAGCUAAAGCAUCCAUAGCAGAUGGCCCUCCCACCUAUGCUCAAAGACCUCCAAGGAAGGAGAGUCCAGAACUUCCCAAGGUUGAAUCACUGUUGAACAGCUCAGAAAGUUCUUCCUGAUGUUUAGGCAGAAUCUCCUUUAUUGUACAGUGGAUGCUCAGGUUGCGAACGUGAUCCAUGCAGGAUGCACGCUCGCAACCUGCAGUGUCCGCAACCCACAGCAGCGUGUCUGUGCAUGCGCGGGUUGCGAUUUGGCGCUUCUGCACAUGCGCGACCGCCGAAACCCGGAAGUAACUCGUUCUGUUACUUCUGGGUUUUGGCGGUCCGUAACCUGAAAAAGAGCAACCUGAAGUGUCUGUAACCCAAGGUAUGACUGUACAGUGGUUUGUUGGGUUACAGGCGCUUCAGGUUACAGACGCUUCAGGUUACAGACACUUCAGGUUACAGACUCCGCUAACCCAGAAAUCGUACCUCGGGUUAAGAACUUUGCUUCAGGAUAAGAACAGAAAUCGUGUGGCGGCAGCGGGAGGCCCCAUUAGCUAAAGUGGUGCUUCAGGUUAAGAACAGUUUCAGGGUAAGAACGGACCUCCAGAACGAAUGAAGUUCUUAACCCGAGGUACCACUGUAUCUUGAAUCUGUUGUUUUGGAUCUAACCCUCCAGAGCAGGAGAAAACAAGCUUGCUCCCUCUUCCAUGUGACAGCCCUUGAGAUAUGUGAAGAAGAUAUCCUAUCUCCUCUCAGGCUAAACAUCUUCCAGGGUAAACAUACCCAGCUCCCAUGACCGUUCCCCAUGAGGCUGGCUUUCCAGACCUUUGAUCAUCUUGGUUGCCCUCCUCUGCACACCUUCCAGCUUCUCAAUCUCCUUCUUAAAAGUGCUGUUUUGCUAGAAAAGGAGCUGCCAGAACUCACCAUGAACGCCUCCCUCGUUCUCUAAUAAUGAACUGAGUUCUGGUGAGUUCUGGCUGCAAAAAAGCCCUGCUUCUUUUAUUUACUUACAAGUGUUGAACUAAUUGGCUGAUGAAAAAUUCAACGAAACAGUAGUUGUUAUCCAUAAACACGGUUCAGCAGAGUUGGACAUCAGAAUCGGACAUAUGCUGAUUAUACAAAGCUUCACGGCUUGCUCUCCGCCGGGUAAAGUCUGGCACCGUGAUUCAUUUAAGGACUUUCAGAGACUUCAGUUUGUUAGUUUUGAUGUUUUGAAUUAUUCCAUAAAGUUUUUCACAUUGUUCUUGUUUCUGGCCAUCGUGUUGCUUUUGAUAUUGCGCACUCUUUUAUAGUGACACCUAGAACUGGACACAGUACAGUGGACGCUUGGGUUGCGAACGUGAUCCGUGCGGGAUGCAUGUUCUCAAUUCACAACUUUCACAACCCGCAGCGCGGCAUCUGUGCAUGCAAGGGUCAUGAUUUGGCAUUUCUGCGCAUGCGCAAAGCGCAUUUUAGUGCUUCUGCACAUGCACGGGUGCCGAAACCCGGAAGUAACCCGUUGCAGUACUUCCGGGUUUGCCGUGGUGCGCAACCUGAAAACAUGCAACCUGAAGCGUUUUUAACCCGAGGUAUGACUGUAUUCCAGGUGUGGUCUGACCAAGGCAGAAUAGAGUGGGACUAUUAAUUCCCUUGAUCCGGACACUGAUCUGGACACUGUUGAUGCGGCCUAGAAUAUUUACAGAAUAUUUGAAAAAUUAUUGUACGCAACUUAAAGUCGUUGGUAGGGUUGACUUAACAUCGUGCAGUGAGAGUAACUUUAAUGGACUAUGAAGGAUAAUCAGAAAAAUAAAUUGGACUUUGAGAUGCAGAGGUAAAAGAUAUUGCAUUAGCAACGGCAGAAUGGGGGGGAGGGGGGCCGAGGGCAUGAAGUUUUGAACGAAAGAUGUAAUUUUGUGUUGAUGAUAAUGCAAACUGAGCAAAUUAAAAAUAAAACACUUUAAAGUAGAAUAAUAAUAAUAAAAAAAAUAGAAUAGCAUUUGCUUCAUUUGCUGCUGCGUUGCACUGCUGACUCAUGUUUAGGGAAGUUUUUAAUGUUUGAUAUUUUACUGUGUUUUUAAUAUCCUGUUGGAAGUGGCUGGGGAGGCCCGGCCAGAUGGGCAGGGUAUAAGUAAUUAUUCAUUAUUAUUAUUAUUAUUAUUAUUAUUAUUAUUAAUCAUGUUCAGCUUGUGGUCUACUAAGACUCCUAGAUCCUUUUCACAUGUACUGCUAGUAAAUCAGGUUUUCCCCAUCUUAUAUCUGUGCAGCUGUUUAUUCCUGCUUACGAAAGGCCAUAGCUCAGUGGUUGAGAAACUUUGCAUGCAAGACAUCUUAGGUACAAUCUCCAGCUUUCUGCCUGGAACCCUAAUCAGUGAGUUAGAUUAACCAAUGGGCCUGAUUCUGUCUGAGGCAGUUUCCCAAGUUCUUAUAUCAGGAUGUUCAUUUCAACAAGAGGUUGAGGCUGCAAUUCUGUAGCCAUUUGGGGGCACUUUGGGCUGAGUGGGACUUGCUUCCGAGUACAGUCGUACCUUGGAAGUCAAAUGGAAUCUGUUCCAGAAGUCCGUUCGACUUCCAAAAUGUUUGAAAACCAGAGCACGGCUUCCUGCAGCCAAUCAGAAGCUGCAGAAGCCUCAUCGGACAUUUGGCUUCCAAAAGAACGUUCGAAAACCGAAACAGUCUCUUCCAGGUUUUGAUUGUUGGGAGCCUAAACGUUCGAGAACUAGGCUGUUCGAAAACCAAGGUACAAAUGUAGACAAUAUAAGGCUAUUCUGCUAAAGAUUCAGGGCCUUAGCAAAAAAAUCUAUCUUGCAUAUAAAUAUUUAUCGUAGUCUUUCUUGGUCAUUAUUAAAAGAAAUAUGCUUUUGGGAAGAUGCAUGUUUUUCCUAGUGUAGCGCUGGUCUUUUUUUUUGUACUGUUUGCUAGGCUCUCCUGGGGUUUUGAAUUGUUCAUAUAUUUUUAAUAUUGUUAGCAUUUUAAUGAUAUUAUUCUGGGGGAUGGGAUGGAACGGAAGGUGCAGGAUAAAAAUAUUCUCAUAAAUUAGUAAUGGCAGUUUUGAGAUUAGAACGUUUUAGUAAUAGCAUAUUAUAUUGGAGUAGCAUUUUAAAAAGCAGCAACGCAUCCUUCUUUUAUGUGCAAAAGGCUCCCUGGUUGGCUUACAAGUACCCUGCUCUGGAGGACAGGACUCGAAGUAAUGGCUUCAAGUUACAAGAAAGGAAAUUAUGACUAAACAUCAGGAAGAACUUUCUGACAGUAAAAUCUGUUCAACAGUGGGACAGCUUGGAAGGUUGCGGACUCUCCUUCCUUGGAGGUUUUCAAGGAGAGGUCAGAGGGCCUUCCGGGGGUUCCCUCACUGCCAGAAGUGAAGGUACAGGGAACCAGGCAGAGGGCCUUCUCGGGUGGAAUGCCCUCUCAUCAGAUGUCAGGGAAAUAAACAGCUAUCUGACUUUUAGAAGACAUCUGAAGGCAGCCCUGUUUAGGAAAGUUUUUAAUGUUUGAUGUUUUAUCUGUUAACGGAGAAAUCUGAGGGCUCCCUUGCGCAAAAAACAAGGACACCAACCAGGAAUACCAGAGCAAAACAGCAGCCAGUAGGCUUGGUCUUUAUUGAAGACUGUCUUGACUGGACUCCUACCUACCACAAGAUGGAACAAGAUGGAAGCACAGAACAAAAGAGCCCCCAAACUUUUAUUAGCUGCUAAUCCCCAUGUUACACCCUCCCAAACUACAUCAUGGUUACAUCAUGGUUACAUCGUUUAAGGGGAGGUCUGGUGGCAGUAAUCUGAGCAUCCUGGACCCUGCCCCAUGGUUCUCCUUGCCCUCCACCAAACACUCAUCAAGUGUAACAAAAGAGAUAUUUACAUUUCCCUGUUUCCCAGCCAAGUUAAUCAUACCCUUUUGUCUUCAUCUGGGUUAGUUAUUUCUGGAAUGGCUACCUGUCUGGCACUCAGGUAUCAGGAUGCCAGGGAUUAUCACUCAGGCAGAUGGGCUGCUGAGUAGCUGAGCUCACAUGUCUAUAUGAAUUUCUGAAGUUUUCCCUGAGCCAGUACAUAGAGACAUUUAUCGGUGAAUUGUUACAUUUGGUAUCUUGCAGCAAAGGCCCUUUGAAUAGAUAGUAAGAAACUGUGAUGAAGUGUUUUGUGGGGAGAAAUCACAAAAGUCACAAAAGCGAUUGUGCUGAUUUUGGUAGUGGGCUGCAUGUGCAUGAUAUCUGCUGGAGGGGCAACCCCCCUCAACCUGUACAUAAAUUUCUGCAACAUACCACUUUUUAUCAUUAUUAAUAAUAUUCUGCUGGGAGCUGCCCUGAGUGGCUGGGGAAAUAAACAUGAUUGUUGUUGUUGUUGUUAUUGCUGAUGGUCUUGGUAGACCACUUAGAGAGCAAUCUUAAAACCAUUUACCUGGGAAUAAGCCUGGCUUCCUUUUCUGUAACCUUCUCCAGCUUGGAGGGCCACACCCUAUUGUGCGCAACCUUCAGGGGGCCACAUAGACACGGUGGGUGAUGCCAAAAACGCUCUACUCUCCAUUCAAACAAGUAAAGAGGGAUUAUCGAAGAUCAAAGAUGUAUUCCUUCCAGGUAUAGUCGGUAGAGGAAGAAGCCAGUGGGAGAGGCAAGUUGUACAAAGUCUCAAGGGCCAGAUAGGCAGGCCUGGAGGGCCGCAUCAGACACCCACCCACACCCUGGCUUUGAGGUUCCCCAUGCCUUGUGCUCUGUAAUCCUUUGCCUGGUGCCCUUUCUCCUUCUGCAGUUACGGAAGAAGUUUACCUGGUCACUGUGUGACUUUUUAUAAAUCUCUGUUAUGAUCUGUUUAACUGCCGGGAGUUCUUCUGCGUUCUGUCUUCUGCGUUCUUCUCAGGCUUUUGUUCCUGUGGCUGGGGGUUGUGCAGUAACUUUAAUUGGAGGGUGAGUCACCGAGGUUGGCAACAUGGCCAGAUGCCAGCAAGAAAGCAAUUAUAAGGGAGCAGAGAGGAAGCUCUCUCUGUCUCUCUGUCCCAGAGGACUGGCUGCUGAGGCCACAAGGGCAAAUGGGUGGCAGAAUAGAAUCAUGCCUACUCUGUUGAAUUGGAAGGGGACCCUGGGGUCAUCUAUUCCAACCCCUGGCUAUACAGUGGUACCUCGGGUUACAUAUGCUUCAGGUUACAUACGCUUCAGGUUACAGACUUCGCUAACACAGAAAUAGUACCUCGGGUUAAGAACUUUGCUUCAGGAUGAGAACAGAAAUUGUGCUCCGGCGGCGCGGCGGCAGCAGGAGGCCCCAUUAGCUAAAGUGGUGUUUCAGGUUAAAAACAGUUUCAGGUUAAGAACGGACCUCCAGAACGAAUUAAGUACUUAACCCGAGGUACCACUGUGCUGGAAUCUCGGCUAAACCAUCCAUGACAGGUUAAAAACCUCAGCUUAAAAACCUCCAACCAGUGUAGGAAGCUCAGGUUUAAAAGCUAAUUGUCAAGGGACACCUUAGGUUACGGUCACCACAACAGAAUGUCUAGGCGCCUUUCUCUCCCCCGCCCCCCAAAUGAAAUGUAUUAUUGAUAUUUAUUUGCUUGGAAGUAAGCCCCCGCCACCUCCAGAGGGGCUUUCUUGCCCUCGAGAAAGUGCGCCGCGGAUUGCAGCUCUCGCAGCAGGGCAGAAGCAAGGUUUGCUGCCCCGUGAGCUAGCUGAUCCGCAGGGCAGGGCAGGAGCAGAAGGCCACGGGUGCUGAGUCGUGCCUGACAUUGGGGUGUGUGUGUGUGUGUGUGUGACAUUAGGCAUGCAGCGCACAUGAUGCCACGAGCAUUGCAUGUUCUAUGCGCGAUCAAGGAGAGGCCGACCAGGUCUGUACAGCAUCUCUCAACACUGCCCGGCCCGGCAUGACAUCCAGGAGAAGCCUUGCAGAAGAAGAGGAGUUUGGAUUUGAUAUCCUGCUUUAUUACUACCCGAAGGAGUCUCCAAGCGGCUAAACUCUCCUUUCCCUUCCUCCCCCACAACAAACACUCUGUGAGGUGAGUGGGGCUGAGAGACUUCAGAGAAGUGUGACUGGCCCAAGGUCACCCAGCAGCUGCAUGUGGAGGAGCGGGGAAGCAAACCCAGUACCCCAGAUUACAAGUCCACCCCUCUUAACCACUACACCACACUGGCAGCCAGGGACAACAUCCUGCCAGGCCUCCUCAUGAUAUGUGUGGGGGGAGGCUGAGCCCCAUCCCAGCAGACAUUGAGGGGGCUGUAGAGGCCUCAGCCCCAUGGGGUUGGCGCCCCGGCACAAGACGCAUGCCUUUUGAGUGCAGCGCCUCAGCACCCCCUAGCCAGAUGGAGAUGUCAGUCGCUCAACAUAGCAUCCAGAGAUCUACCUGAAGGAGCAUCUCCACUCCCAUCUGCCUGGACACUGCGGUUCAGCUCCAAGGGUCUUCUGGUGGUUCCCUCCCUGCAAGAAGUGAGGUCACAGGGAACCAGGCAGAGGGCCUUCUCGGUAGUGGCGCCCAUCCUGUGGAACGCCCUCCCUUCAGAUGUCAAGGAAAUAAACAACUGUCUGACUUUUAGAAGAUAUCUGAAAGCAGCCCUGUUUAGGGAAGUUUUUAAUGUCUGAUGUUUUAUUGUAUUUUUAAACUUUGUUGGAAGCCACCCAGAGUAGUAGUAGUAGUAGUAGUAGUAGUAGUAGUAAUAAUAAGUUUUUAAUGUUUGAUGUUUUAUUGUGUUUUUUAAAUAUUCUGUUGGGAGCCGCCCAGAGUGACUGGGCAAACCCCAUACUAAGAAUCAUUUUACAGAAUUACAAUUCCAAUAGACACCCUCGAUGGUGGUGGAUGGUCGGCACAGCAAAGUACAGUACAGUGGAUGUUUGGGUUGCGCCACGGGUCAUGAUUCGGCACUUCUGCGCAUGCACAAAGCGUGAUUCAUGAGCUCCGAAACCCGGAAGUAACCCAUGCCGGUACUUGCGGGUUCGGCGCGGUGCACAACCCGAAAACACACAACCUGAAGCGUCUGUAACCAGAGGUAUGACUGUACAAGGAGAGACUUUGUCUGUGUGGGCAACCUUGUGUAGAGGAACUGUACCACUAUUUAUUGCAAUGCCUGCUAUGUACAGUGGUACCUUGGGUUAAGAACUUAAUUCGUUCCGGAGGUCCGUUCUUAACCUGAAACUGUUCUUAACCUAGAAUCAUAGAAUCAAAGAGUUGGAAGAGACCACAAAGGCCAUCGAGUCCAACCCCCUGCCAAGCAGGAAACACCAUCAGAGCACUCCUGACAUAUAGUUGUCAAGCCUCUGCUUAAAGACCUCCAAAGAAGGAGGCAGCACCUCACUCCUUGGCAGCAAAUUCCACUGUCGAACAGCUCUUACUGUCAGGAAGUUCUUCCUAAUGUUUAGGUGGAAUCUUCUUUCUUGUAGUUUGGAUCCAUUGCUCCGUGUCCGCUUCUCUGGAGCAGCAGAAAACAACCUUUCUCCCUCCUCUAUGUGACAUCCUUUUAUAUAUUUGAACAUGGCUAUCAUAUCACCCCUUAACCUCCUCUUCUCCAGGCUAAACAUGCCCAGCUCCCUUAGCCGUUCCUCAUAAGGCAUCGUUUCCAGGCCUUUGACCAUUUUGGUUGCCCUCCUCUGGACACGUUCCAGUUUGUCAGUGUCCUUCUUGAACUGUGGUGCCCAGAACUGGACACAGUACUCCAGGUGAGGUCUGACCAGAGCAGAAGACAGUGGCACUAUUACUUCCCUUGAUCUAGAUGAUAUACUCCUAUUGAUGCAGCCCAGAAUUGCAUUGGCUUUUUUAGCUGCCGCGUCACACUGUUGGCUCAUGUCAAGUUUGUGUUCAACCAAGACUCCUAGAUCCUUUUCACAUGUACUGCUCUCAAGCCAGGUGUCACCCAUCUUGUAUUUGUGCCUCUCAUUUUUUUUGCCCAAGUGCAAUACUUUACAUUUCUCCCUGUUAAACUUCAUCUUGUUUGUUUUGGCCCAGUUCUCUAAUCUGUCAAGGUCGUUUUGAGGUGUGAUCCUGUCCUCUGGGGUGUUAGCCACCCCUCCCAAUUUGGUGUCAUCUGCAAAUUUGAUCAGGAUGCCCUUGAGUCCAUCAUCCAAGUCGUUGAAGCACCACUUUAGCUUAUGGGGCCUCCCACUGCUGCGGUGCCGCUGCUGCGCGAUUUCUGUUCUCAUCCUGAAGCAAAGUUCGUAACCCGAGGUACUAUUUCUGGGUUAGCGGAGUCUGUAAGCUGAAGCGGAGUCUGUAACCUGAAGCGUAUGUAACCCGAGGUACCACUGUAUAGAAUGAAGAGACCGAUUCAUAAAACCCCUGCUUACGAAUGGAACACACUCAAACAGGGCGGAAAGGGUGACAUGGCUGCUGAGUGAUACUGAUGACUUUGUAACUUAUAAAGUAGCACUAUGUGCAUUGGCAGCUAAGAAGAUCAGGAAAAAGAACUAGAUAAAAUAGCGGUCAAUUGCAAAGGUGAUUCGGACAUUAAAGCUGGCACAUUCUACCUGAGACUGGGCAAACCCAGCCAGGUGGGCACGGUAUAAAUAAUAACUUCUUCUUCUUGUUGUUGUUGUUGUUGUUGUUUACACAUGGUUGCAACAUGACCCUUGGGGAUUUUGAAUACAGUGGUGCCUCGGGUUAAGUACUUAAUUCGUUCUGGUGGUCCGUUCUUAACCUGAAACUGUUCUUAACCUGAAGCACCACUUUAGCUAAUGGGGCCUCCCGCUGCUGCCGCCACGCAAUUUCUGUUCUCAUCCUGAAGCAAAGUUCUUAACCCAAGGUACUAUUUCUGGGUUAGCAGAGUCUGUAACCUGAAGCGUUUGUAACCUGAAACAUAUGUAACCCGAGGUACCACUGUACUGCCUCCGACGAAGGAGAGUCUACCAACUUCCAAGGGAGGCCAUUCCUAAGUCGAGCAGCACAGGUUUUUCUGUAAAACUCUGUCAGGGGUAGCGAAUCCACACAACUCCCACCAGCCCCAGCUAGCAUGCCCAUGGGUCAGGGCUGAUGGGAGUUGUAGUUCCACAGCAUCUGGAGUUUCCCACCCCUGCUUUUACGAUGCUAGAGAAGACUGACAUUUUUACGAGGGCAGUCAAGAUAUUGCACAUGAUAAUAACAAUAAUAAAUUUUUAUUUAUACCCCGCCCUUCCCGGUUCAGAAAACCAGGCUCAGGUUGUUAGGGCGGCUAACAACAAAUUUAGAACACUUAAUUGAUGCAGCAAAAAACAGCAUAAAGUACGGUAUAAAACGUGAAUAACAACACAGUAAAUUCAGAAUUCAAAAAUCAAUUUAGGGGGGAAAUCCAUCCAAUAAACAUUAGAUGAUCACCAGGGCUAGCUGGCUGAAUUAGUCCUACUUGGGCCAGCGAGGAGACCGGGGAGAAUUAGCUGUGGGAUCCCAGAGCGGGUAAUCUUCAUAAAAAGGGGAGAGGGAGGGAAGGAAGGGGAAUAAAAGAUCAGGCUAAGUUCAAAGACAUGAGCAUGCAUGUUUGUCUGAUAUUCCGCCCAAAUAUGCAUAUAAAGUAAGGUAAAGGGACCCCUGACCACUAGGUCCAGUCGUGACUGACUCUGGGGUUGCGGCGCUCAUCUCGCUUUGUUGGCCGAGGGAGCCAGCGUACAGCUUCCGGGUCAUGUGGCCAGCAUGACUAAGCCGCUUCUGGCGAACCAGAGCAGCGCACAGAAACACCGUUUACCUUCCCGCCGGAGCAGUACCUAUUUAUCUACUUGCACUUUGGCGUGCUUUCGAACUGCUAGGUUGGCAGGAGCAGGGACCGAGCAACGGGAGCUCACCCCGUCGCGGGGAUUCAAACCUCCGACGUUCUCAUCGGCAAGUCCUAGGCUCUGUGGUUUAACCCACAGUACCACCCGCGUCCCACAUAUAAAGUAGAUCAGCUAAUUAUAAUAUUAGCUAAUCAUAAUAUUAAUUAGCUUCAUUCUGUGCAAAGAAGGGAAAGAAGAGGCUACCGCUUUUGCUGGGUAAUCUUAUUUCUGCGCAGUCCCCUAUGUAAAGCGAGCUCGCAACUGACAACAUGUCUCUCUGUACUUUAUUUGCACUAGAUUGCAGUCGCACUUCUUUUACCAGGUUUUAAAGACAAGGACGGGGUUGGGGAGUGAAGGUCAGCAAAAUGCACGAGAGAGCCUGCCCUCUUCCCGUCCAAUCGCUGACUGCCUUUUACCCAGCGGGGGAGGGGAAGGCACUCUGUGCAUGUUCAGAGCAGCCCCUUUUUUGUGCACAGGGAGCUGGAGAGGGGUAUUGGCAGGUAGAGCAAGUGGAGGCGAGCAGAAACGCACACACCCUCCCAAGUAAUUAGAAAAGCAGCUCAGGUUAGCCAAAGGGCUGGGGAACAAAUCUAGACUCCUGUGCUAUUUGGUGCGGUUUUUGUUCAUUUUGCUAAACCGAACAGGCUGGACUCAAGACUUGCUUCCGGCUCCUUGGCAAUUAUGGACGCUAGAUUGAAGGGUCAGAGGCUGCCGUGAUUGAGAGUGAGGGAAUUCAAUUACAGUGGUACCUCGGGUUACAUACGCUUCAGGUUACAGACGCUUCAGGUUACAGACUCCGCUAACCCGGAAAUAUUACCUCAGGUUAAGAACUUUGCUUCAGGAUGAGAACAGAAAUUGUGAAGUGGCGGCGUGGCGGCAGCGGGAGGCCCCAUUAGCUAAAGUGGUACCUCAGGUUAAGAACAGUUUCAGGUUAAGAACGGACCUCCGGAACGAAUUAAGUACUUAACCCGAGGUACCACAGUAUCUUUAUGCAGGUUCUUGGGUGGUGUUUAAUAUUAUAGAGCAGAAAAGGCCUUCAACAAUUGAAGAAAGUCUCCGUCAUUAUGGAGGCAUCCUUUGUAGCUUUAUUAAGCACUGCAGGAAAUUUUCUUACAAUGUGUGUUUUUCUUUGGUUUUUGAAAGUUCUCUAACACGUCAAUAAAUAAACCAACUAGAACAGAGGAGGGGUAGGCUGGGCUGUUUUGUCUGUUCUAAAGGUUAAGGCAAAGGGACCCCUGACCAUUAGGUCCAGUCGCGGACGACUCGGGUUGCAGCGCUCAUCUCGCUUUAUUGGCCGAGGGAGCCGGCGUACAUCUUCCAGGUCAUGUGGCCAGCAGGACUAAGCCGCUUCUGGCGAACCAGAGCAGCGCACGGAAACGCUGUUUACCUUCCCGCUGGAGCGGUACCUAUUUAUCUACUUGCACUUUGACGUGCUUUUGAACUGCUAGGUUGGCAGGAGCAGGGACCGAACAACGGGAGCUCACCCCGUUGCGGGGAUUCGAACUGCCGACCUUCUGAUCGGCAAGUUCUAGGCUCUGUGGUUUAACCCACAGCGCCACCCGUGUCCCACAUUAGUCCUACACCCUGCCUUUUAGCACUUUUCAUUACAAGUUGAGUGCUAAAAACAGUUUUUCUUCCUGGCAGGCCCAUGCAGAGGCAGGUGACAGCCUCUUUCCCCUGAGCCUCUGAUGGCUGAGUGGUUGGGCUAUUGUUCUUUUGUUUUGUUUUAGUUUAUAACUUUAUUCUUUCAAGACUCCUGCCCCAGGCCUCAGACAAGUUCUGCACAGGCCUGACUUCAUGCAUUUAUACAAUCCUUUUUUUUAGAAUCGCCUUUUGGCCCCUCUCCUGCUGAGUCGGCUCGCAGGCACACCUUUAAAAUACAGCGCUCUUUUCAAAAUAAUAAAUGGGAACGCAGAGAGCCAAAAACCUAGAGUCGACUGGUGGGUGCUAGUUCUUUAUUUGCAGGGUCUGUUUCCAAGUGGGAGCCAUUCAGAGAUGGGCAGCCUGAGGUCUCCAGCCCAGUGUGACUGAUCCGAAUUUAUUAAUUGACAUCACACCCUUUCUCUCUUUUUUUUAAAAAAAAAUAAUUUAUGCUUUUCAAGUUUAUGCAUUUCAUUAAUUUUACAAUCAUUUUGACAUUUCUAAACUUGACUUCCUUCCCCCUCUUCCUGCGGUUCCUUAAAUUUAUUUUUAGCAUCUUCUGCAUAUCCAAAUUGACCAAAUUUGCUCAUUUAUUCAUCUUCUUUAAAUAUAUACAGUGGUACCUCGGGUUAAGUACUUAAUUUGUUCCGGAGGUCCGUUCUUAACCUGAAACUGUUCUUAACCUGAAGCACCACUUUAGCUAAUGGGGCCUCCUGCUGCUGCCGCGCCGCCAGAGCACGAUUUCUGUUCUCAUCCUGAAGCAAAGUUCUUAACCUGAAGCACUAUUUCUGGGUUAGCAGAGUCUGUAACCUGAAGCGUAUGUAACCUGAAGCGUAUGUAACCCAAGGUACCACUGUACUCCUAAAAAACUGCAGGUUAUUACAAUAAUCCUGCCAAUGUUUUUAUCUGUUUACAGUUUAUCUGUAAAUAUUCAAUAAUCCAUUUCCAUUCUUUUAUGAAAAGUUUGUUAUAUUGAUUUCUUAUUCUUCCGGCAACUUUUGCCAUUUCUGCAUAUUCCAUAAGUUUUUGUAUCCGUUCUUUCUUUGCUGGAACUUCUUCUUCUUUCCAUUUUGGGGCAAGUAACAUUCUUGCCGCUGUAGUCACAUAGAUCAAUAAGUUUCUAUACAAUAUAAAUAGUUCUGUCCCUAUAAUUCCCAAAAGAAAAGCUUCUGGGUUGUUGUUUUUUACAAAGGUUAUUUUAAACACCCUUUUCAGUUCACUAUAUAUCAUCCCCCCUCUUUCUUUUUUCCCUUUCUCCUUCUGUGAUGAAACUCCUAUUUGGGGACUUCCCUGGCUUUUUUCUGGCCCAUGUAGGACCAGUCUGGAUAGUUAGCCUUGGUGAAGACUUGAUGUUUUUUCCCCCAAAAAAGUUUUUUAUUUGAGUUGCUACUGAAAGGAGGCUGCAUUUUAAUGUUGCAUUUUAAUCUUGUUUUUCAAGUUGUAUUUCAAUCAAUUGUUUUAUAUCUGGUGUUAGCCGCCCUGAGCCUGGUCUUGGCUGGGGAGGGCGGGGUAUAAAUAAAAUUUAUUAUUAUUAUUAUUACUAUUAUUACUAUUAUUAUUACUACUAUUAUUAUUAUUUCCCAGUAGGCUUUAACCUACCACAUAUGAUAAAAAGAACCUUCUUUCUCUUUACAUUUCCAACACCGUAUCACACCUUUUAUCCAAGGCGCUCAAUGUGGCGUAUGCAAUUCCUCCCAUUGCGACAACCCUGUGAGGUAAACUGAGAGAGGCAGUGACUGGCCCAAGGUCACCCAGAGAACUUUGUGGCCGAGCGAGGAUUUGAACUCAAGACUCUCCUGUAUCCUGCUCUAGCCACUGCCCUUCCUGUGCUCCUCAGUGCAGUGAACAAACACCCCAGGGCCAGAACACCUGAGGGAGCUUCUAUCUCCACCUCCUUGUGUUGCUACUGGCUGAAAGGAGGAGGCUGGACCAGGAGGCGUCCUCAUAAUCUCCAGAAACUGGGAAGGUGGCCAGAAGGACCGGCCACUGGGGCGAGGCCUCUCUGAGCAAGCAGUUCCCGAUUCAGGAGUGUGUCAUCCACACAGCCUUCGGCCAGGUAAGGGCUCAGGGAUAACUAAAGCCCAGGAUCUGGGGCACCUUCCUCCUUGGAAGCAAGGCAACCCACUCCUUGAAACUCGAGUGGGGCAUCUGCUGCAUCUCUGAAGCCACCUGCCGCCUUUCCUGAGAGAUGCUAAUAGGGGAGGUGCUGGAAAUCCAGGUUUGCAGGCAAAAGAGGGGCAGAUGUGGACUUUCAGAUGUUGUUGGACUACAACUCCCAUCGUUCCUGAUGGUUGGCGGACCUGCUUGGGGUGGAGGACCAGAGACCCCUCUGCUUUGGGCUGAGAAACCGCAGCCUUUGUUGCGGAAGCUUGCUCUCCUCAGGUGAAGUGCCAAAUGUUUUGCGCCAUGACUCAGUGGUGAGGGAUUCUGCACAUGCUUAGGUGAAUUAUUAUUUACGGCCUCUGCCCAGUAUACCUGAAGGAGCAUCUCUGCCCCAUCGUUCAGCCCUGAGGGCCUUCUGGCAGUUCCCUCACUGCGAGAAGUGAGGUUACAGGCAGAGGGCCUUCUCGGUAGUGGCACCCACCCUGUGGAAUGCCCUCCCACCAGAUGUCAAGGAAAUAAACAACUGUCUGACUUUUAGAAGAUAUCUGAAGGCAGCCCUGUUUGGGGAAGUUUUUAAUGUUUGAUGUUUUAUUGUGUUUUUAAUAUUCUGUUGGGAGUCGUCCAGAGUGGCUGAGGAAACCCAGCCCGAUGGGUGGGGUAUAGAUAAUAAAUUAUUAUUAUUAUUAUUAUUAUUAUUAUUAUUACUACUACUGCUGCUGCUACUACUACUUGUAUCUUCAAAACAGGUUCCAGUUCUGAGUGCCGGGCUCCAGCUUUUAAGUCUUGCACUUAUCUAGCAGUUGUGCUUGUUUGUUUGACUGAUUAUCUUUAAUUAUUAUUAUAUCAAUAUCCCUUCCUUUCCUCCAAGCAGCUCAAGGUGGCGUAAAUGGUUCUCCUCACGCCUCGAUUAAUUUCCAAAACAACUCUGUGAGGUAGAUUGGACUGAGAGGCAGUGACCAAGGGCACCCAGUGAGCUUGACGGGCGAGUGGGAAUUUGAACCCCAGUCUGCCAGGUUCUAGUUUGGUGCACUCUAACCACUGCACCACACUAUCUCUAGGACAGCAAACAUCCCUCUCCCUCCCUGCCCCCUUUAUUCUUGAGACAACCUUACACAUGGCACGGCUUAGUCUCUAAGAAGCUGGUGGGCUCAGGGACUAUCCAGUGAGCGUCGUGUCUGAAUGGGGAGUUGAGCCCAUCUUUCUCUGUUUGGAUACCUCAAUGUGGCUAGGAGCUCCUCAGAAUGGAGGGAGCCUGAACUCAAAUUUCCCACUUGGCUGUCAAACUGGAUAACUCCAAGCCAGUACAGUGGUGCCUCGCAAGACGAAAUUAAUCCGUUCCGCGAGAGUCUUCGUCUAGUGGUUUUUUCGUCUUGCGAAGCAAGCCCAUUGACGGAUUAGCGCUAUUAGCGCUAUUAGCGGUUUAGCGGCUAUUAAAGGCUUAAAGGCUUAGGGGAUUAGCUGCUAAAAGGCUAUUAAAGGCUAUUAAAGGCUUAGCAGAUUAGAUAAAGGGGGGGGGGAAAGCGAAAAAAAAAUCUCAAGACUCGCAAGGUAUUUUCGUCUUGCGAAGCAAGCCCAUAGGGGAAUUCGUCCUGCGAAGCAACUUCAAAACGGAAAACCCUUUCGUCUAGCGGUUUUUCCGUCUUGCGAGGCAUUCGUCUUGCGGGGCACCACUGUAUAACUCUCCCCUUCUCCCUCUUUCCACUGAACCUGCCUCGCAGGAUUGUUGUAAGGAUAAAAUGGGGGGAACAAAUAAUUGUACCCACCUUAUUGUGCUUUUUCUGUUGGUGUAAGCCAGGGGUAGGCAACUUAAGGUCCGGGGGCCUAAUCACCACCUCAAUUUGGCCCGCGGACGGUUUGGGAAUCAGCAUGUUUUUACAUGAGUAGAACGUGUCCUUUUAUUUAAAAUGCAGCUCUGGGUUAUUUGUGGGGCCUGCCUGAUGUUUUUACAUGAGUAGGAUGUGUGCUUUUAUUUAAAAUGCAUCUCUGGGUUAUUUGUGGGGCAAAGGAAUUCAUUCUCUCCCCCCCCAUAUAGUCCGGCCCACCACAUGGUCUGAGGGACGGUGGACCGGCCCCCUGCUGAAAAAGGUUGCUGACCCCUGGUGUAAGCACUCCUUUUCUGUUCUUUCUGGGGAAAAGCAAGUCUAUGCAAUGGUUUCUAAAGAGGUGAAUUAUUUGUAAUUUGUAAUUAAUUGAUUCAAUUAAUUUGUAAUUAAUUGAAAUUUGUAAUUGGGGGGAGAGCAGGGUUGUAGGCCAUUGCAACUGACUGCAAUGCCCCCCUUGUGAGCGCUGGGUGGUGGUGAUUAUAAUAAAAGGCCGUUGUUUUCAGUUCUUUGUAACCUAGUUUUGCAAAUCGCCUAGUAUUGUCAAGGCUCAGUAUUUUUGGCUUUGAGAAAUAAUCUGCAAUGCAAAUGUGUUCAGCCUCUGGAAGCCUGGCCUCUUUUUCACCUAUUUACACACACACACACACACACACACACACACACACACACCUGUGAGUCUGCUACUGCUGCAUUUCCCCUGGUGAAGGGUUCUGUGAAAUGCAGAAGUUUGCAUGUGCCAAUGGCAAAGUACGCUGGCCCAGUUAGAAGGCACCGGCUUCUGAAUCUCAGAUGUCUUCAGCAGGUGCCCAAAAGACAAGAGAGACGGUGUUUGCAACAGAGGUGGUAACUGCAGGUGACCUUCACCUGGGAGUGCUGUUUAUGUCCCAAGCUGUUUAGGUCUUCCUACACCGAAACCAGCACCUUGAGCUUCACCUGCUCACUGCUUGUCAGCCUGUGCAAUUCUCUCAACAGUGGGAUGGCAUUGCUGGCAAUCUCCCUCCUCAACAGUGUUAGGUAAAGGUAAAGGGACCCCUGACCAUUAAGUCCAGUCAUAGCCGACUCUGGGCUUGCGGCACUCAUCUCACUUUAUUGGCCGAGGGAGCCAGCAUCCAGCUUCCGGGUCAUGUAGCUAGCAUGACUAAGCCACUUCUGGCGAACCAGAGCAGCACACGGAAACGCCGUUUACCUUCCCGCCGGAGCGGUACCUAUUUAUCUACUUGCACUUUGACGUGCUUUUAAACUGCUAGGUUGGCAGGAGCAGGGACCAAGCAAUGGGAGCUCGCCCCGUCGCGGGGAUUCGAACCGCCGACCUUCUGAUCAGCAAGUCCUAGGCUCUGUAGUUUAACCCACAGCGCCACCCUGCGUCCCAACACUCAGCUAUAUAAACGAAUCACUAAAUGGCACCUUUACGUUACGGUUGCCGCAGCAGAAAGUCUAGGCGUCAUUUUUAAUUUUUUUUGCAACGGAUUUUUAUUCUUAUUCGUAUUCCUAUUCUUAAUAACUCCAUUUCUACAAAGCUUUAUAUUUUAAAGGGGGGGGAAAUCUCCCAAGCAGUUUUCAACACAUUAAAACAUCAAAGAAAACAAUCCAGGAAAAAGAAAACAAAUGCAAGCUUCAAUGAAAAUGUUUCAGAUCCUUCUCUAAGUGACAUUUUGCUUUCCCCAUACGUCUUGAGUGACUUAAUUUAUAGAGCUGCCCCGUAGCAGGAGGACUCUAGGAAGACAGCAUGGUGUAGUGGUUAGAGAGUCAAACUAGGACCUGGGAGAUCAGGGUUCAAAUCCCUACUCUGUCAGGAAGCUCACUGGGUGACCUUGGAGUCAGUGACAGUCUCUAAGCCCACCUCAAAGGGUCCUUGUGGGGAUUAACUGAAGGUUAAUCCUUGGAGGAAAAGAUGUGAUAUAAAUGCAAUAAAUAAACUCUUCUGUUUACCUGUUCAAGAAAGCCGGAUGGGCUAGCCAGAUGAAAAUUUCUUUUGCCAAACUGUCAUCCAGAAAUCUUCAUCAUACACCUGGCGAAUACCCCAGUGAGCAGUGGUUAGAGGGCCAUUACAGUGGUACCUUGGUUCUCAAAUGCCUUGGUACUCAAACAGCUUGGAACCCAAACACUGCAAACCCGGAAGUAAGUGUUCCGGUUUGCGAACUUUUUUUGGAAGCCGAACGUGCUCCGUUUUGAGUGUUACGCUUCCGUUUUGAGUGUUACACUGAGGUCUGUCUGUUUUUGCUAUUUAUUUUGCGUUUUUGUUUUUGUGGCUCUUGUUUCUGUUUUUGUGACUGUGUGGAACCCAGUUCAGCUACCGACUGAUUGAUUGUGUGACUGCAGUACAUUGCUUAUUGCUUUCAUUUUAGGGAUCAAUGGUCUCGUUAGAUAGUAAAAUUCAUGUUAAAUUGCUGUUUUAGGGGUUUUUUUUAAAAGUCUAGAAUGGAUUAAUCCGUUUUGCAUUACUUUCUAUGGGAAAGCGUGCCUUGGUUUUGGAAUGCUUUGGUUUUGGAACGGACUUCCAGAACGGAUUAAGUUUGAGAACCAAGGUACCACUGUAUAGGGUUGCCAUACGUCCAGAAUACCCAAAAUACUGUAGUCGGAAGCAGUGUCCGGGCAAAAAUAUCCAGGAAAUCUGGAUGUAUAGCAAGCCCUGUCUAUUCAAAAGAGCUAAAAAAUUGCAAUUUUUUUUUUGAGGGGGGGGGAAUAUGAAAUAUGGCAACCUUAAUCUAGGGCUACACCCAGAGUUGCCCCUCUAUGGCUGAGGAGACCCAAAGUACAAAUCCUCACCCAGCCAGAAAGCUCACUGGGUGACUUUGAACCAUUUGCACACUCGGCUUAGUCUAUCCCGCAGGGUUGUUGUGAAGACAAAAGGCGGAAGAGAAAGAACUACGUGUACUACCCAGAACUGCCUGGAGAAAGAAGCAGGAUAUUAAGCCAGGCUGAAUCUUGAGUCUGUUUGGUUUAAAGAUCUGAAUCUCGCUCACCUGAUGGAAUGCGUUUUUCUUGUAUGCUUAUAAAAUAUUGGCUGCUUAGCCACCCUUUUCAUAUGGAAGGAUUUUUCUGAGAAUCGGUUCUCUGGCUCUGUCCUCCCAUCACAAUCUGUGAUAGUUUCCUUUUUAGUGUGGAUCACACCGUAUGUUUACUUAGGGAGCGGUGGAUUUCUGUGCCAAAUUUUAAAUCGUGGGAAGAGCUAGUUAGUUAUUCAGAUGACAAGAGAGGAAGAGGGCGCAACAGAUUAAAACAGCAAUUUUAAAUUCAUACGCAUGUGUAUGUAAUGGGCGUGCGAGACUGUCGUGCCGUCCUCUUUGGUGUGAAAAUAUACAACUGCUUGACUGUCUGAACCUACUGUAGGUGCACAACAAAUUUGCAUCUCUGUGACGAAACUGCUGGCUGAUCGCACAAACUUUGACCUUAUUUGCCUUCCAGGUGGGAGGGGCACCGGCAUUAGAGAAAUGUAUAUGCAAAUGUAAUGCAUCUUAGGAUCUCUGCUUGCAUUCCUGCAGUUGCCUGGUUUGUGAGGGAAGAGGACAACAAAUAGGUUUUUAAAAUUAUAAUUAUGGGGCAAAUUGCAGACUACUCCUGGGCCUCAGACACGUGAGAAUGCCAGGGUUGAAAGAUUCCACAGUGAAAGCAGAGCUGAUUGAUCUGGCUUCUAGAAAGACCCUUUUUUUGCGGUGCUGAUUGGUAAAAAUGCCAGUGUAGGGUUCAGGAUGAAGGGCCUUUUCAGUGGUGGCACUGCAUACCCAAUGAGACACACCUGGCCACCUCUCUCCAAUCUUUUAGAUGACCGGCAAAGACACCUCUCUUCUGCUCAGCUUUUCAUAGAAUAAUAGAAUUGUAGAGUUGGAAUUGUAGAGUUGUUUAUCAGCUCCAUCUGGUACGCAGGCUGAGACCCUACCUGCCCACCGACUCUCUUGCCAGAGUGGUGCAUGCUCUAGUUAUCUCUCGCUUGGACUACUGCAAUGCGCUCUACGUGGGGCUACCUUUGAAGGUGACCCGGAAACUACAACUAAUCCAGAAUGCGGCAGCUAGAUUGGUGACUGGGAGUGGCCGCCGAGACCACAUAACACCGGUCCUGAGAGAUCUGCAUUGGCUCCCAGUACGUUUCCGAGCACAAUUCAAAGUGUUGGUGCUGACCUUUAAAGCCCUAAAUGGCCUCGGUCCUGUAUACCUGAAGGAGCGUCUCCACCCCCAUCGUUCAGCCCGGAUACUGAGGUCCAGCUCUGAGGGCCUUCUGGCGGUUCCCUCCUUGCGAGAAGCCAAGUUACAGGGAACCAGGCAGAGGGCCUUCUCGGUAGUGUCACCCGCCCUGUGGAACGCCCUCCCAUCAGAUGUCAAAGAGAAAAACAAUUACCAGACUUUUAGAAGACAUCUGAAGGCAGCCCUGUUUAGGGAAGCUUUUAAUGUUUAAUAGGUUAUUGUAUUUUAAUAUUCUGUUGGAAGCCACCCAGAGUGGCUGGGGAAACCCAGCCAGAUGGGUGGGGUAUAAAUAAAUUAUUAUUAUUAUUAUUAUUAGGCCCCAAUGGUCAUCUAGUCCAACCCCCUGAAAUGCGAGAAUCUCAACUCAAGCAUCCCUGACAGGUGGCCAUCCAACCUCGUGUUUCAAAAACCUCCAAGGAAGGAGAGUCCCAUGAAGGAGAAUUUUGGGAGGGGGUAGAAUGGUUUGGAAAAAUUUCAGUUUCCUUCAGUUGGCCUGUUGCUUUAAGUAUGCUGCCCCGUGAGUUGAAAUAGCUUUUAUGAACUUCUCGUUUGUUUGAUUUCGGUACACCUCCCAGCGACAUAAGGGGAAGGGCAGCAUGCAGACACUAAUACAAGAUAAAUAGGUGAUGUGUUAAUGAGGAUAUGCUUCGUGUCGUUUUUCGUUCAAUAAGAGCAAUAAUACCUUGUGAAACUGGAAAGGGCUGGCGCUUUAUAAUUUGUCUGCCAGAAGUCCCGGGUUCAGUUCCUGGCAUCUGCACCAGGAAGGGCUGGGAAUGUCCUCUGCCAGGAGCCAUGGAGAGCUGCUGCCAGUCAGUGUAGGCUAUACUGCGCUGAUUCAUGCUGAAGUGCUAAACUUGUAUCUGGGCAGUACCAUUUCAGUUUGCACGGACAGGGGAAAUAUCUCAUGACUGCACUUAAUGACUACAAAACAUGAAAUCCCUGCACACAGAGUGCUAGCAUGCCAGGAAGAGGGCAGGCCAGAACCUUUCCCUCUGGCACCUAGAUUUCAUUGUAGACAUAAUUGUUUCUGUACAUAGGAGCAUUCGCUCCCUCGAUUCCCUCGCCUGCAGUCUGAAGUGCUUCAGCCCAAGCACAGAUUUGCUAUUAAACUAAGUUUCACUCAAGGUAGACCUACUUAAAUGAAUGGACCUAACUUAGUCAUGUCCGUUGAUUUCAGUGUGUGUGCUUUGGGUAAAACGCAGUUUAAUACCUUCCCAGGAAAUUCUUAUUCCAUUAAAGAAAAUGAUCCUGGAACAUUUUUACAAUAGAAAAACUUAAAAUGCAAUCACAUGAAAGCAGUGAUGAAAUAACAUCUCUGUCCAUCAAACCACUGGGUGGUUUUCAGUAAACUGCUGUCUCUUUCAACUCCCUGUUGUUGUUGUUGUUUUUGUUGAUAAUAGUAAUACUCCACCCAUCCGGCUGGAUUGCAGAAUGGAGAUAAUGUUGCCUAUUUUACAAGAUGAUGACAUGCGAAUAAUCGAAAGCACUUUACAAACAAGAUCGCUGGCAAUAAUAAUAACUUUAGGGUGAUGUUUACCAGGGUUCACAAGGCCGUGUGUGGCAAAUGGGAGGUGACAGGUUGCAGAACUUUUAAAGGCGUUGGCAGGAUUUCUGGGUCAUGACCCAGCAGAGAGAGGUGUGUGGGUUGAACAGGUCAUAGACUCAUAGAAUAUGCAGGCUGUGUUCAUAUGCUGUGCUAAACCACAGUUUAGUGCUUUAGGCUGUGUUAGUACGUAAUGCAAAGCCACAGUUUACUACUAUGCAGCUGAGUCUCCAUCAGUCGUGAGCAAAGAAGCAUCAGGCUUGUGUGCGGCCAUCUCCAGCUCCCAUAUGGCUUGUGCUAAGAUUAUAUUGGAUUUCGCUGAAUCUCGCCUUAGCUUUACGGGCAAACCCGGUUUACUAAACCACUAGUCAGUUUGAACAACCUGGCUUCAUAAACCCUGGUUUGAAGUUGGGCUUGUUAAGCAACCGAGGGCAGUUUGUUGCAAACCAGUACAGUGGUACCUCAGGUUACAUACGCUUCAGGUUGCAUACGCUUCAGGUUACAGACUCCGCUAACCCAGAAAUAGUGCUUCAGGUUAAGAACUUUGCUUCAGGAUGAGAACAGAAAUCGUGCUCCAGCGGCCCGGCAGCAGCAGGAGGCCCCAUUAGCUAAAGUGGUGCUUCAGGUUAAGAACAGUUUCAGGUUAAGAACAGACCUCCGGAACGAAUUAAGUACUUAACCCGAGGUACCACUGUAUUCCUGGUUCAUAAUAAUAAUAAUAAUAAUAAUAAUAAUAAUUUUUUAUUUAUACCCCGCCCUCCCCGGCCAGAACCGGGCUCAGGGCAACUAACACCAAUAAAAUUACCAUAAAACAUAAUAGGAAAGGGAAAAAAAGAAAUUAAAAAGUUAAUUAAAAUAUGGGUUAAAAUACAAUUUAAAAUGCAGCCUCUUUUUAGUAGUAGCCCAUAAAUCAGAACCAUAAGCGGAGGGAAACAUAAGGGUCAAACUGGGUCCAAACCAAAGGCCAGGCGGAACAGCUCUGUCUUGCAGGCCCUGCGGAAAGAUGUCAAGUCCCGCAGGGCCCUGGUCUCUUGUGACAGAGCGUUCCACCAGAUCGGGGCCAGUACUGAAAAGGCCCUGGCCCUAGUUGAGACCAAUCUAACCACCUUGCGGCUCGGGACCUCCAAAGUGUUGUCAUUUGUGGACCUUAAGGUCCUCCGCGGGGCAUCCCAGGACGAAGGUUGGAUUCUGUGAAAAUCAUCUUGGCAGAAAUCCUCCUCUUGGCUGCAAAGGGAGGAGGAGAACGUGAGGGGUCCUGGAGGUCAGUCUGGGUUCCACAACGGAGGAUCAAGUAAGGAGACAAGGAAGGUUAGGCAGAAGAAGGAGAAACUGCACAGGGAGGUCCCAUUAACCCUAACCCUCAUCUCUCUCUUUCUCUCUUGUCUAGCUGGUGGGAUCAUGCGGCAGCCCCAAGGCUAUAUUGGGCUACUUGCUCCUUUAUGUAUCCUGUUCCUUUUCCUCCUGUUCACACUCACUGCCUCUUACAAACCCAUCAUCGUGGUCCAUGGCCUCUUUGACAGCCCUUCCGACUUCCGGCAGCUGUUGGUGUUCAUCAAUGAGGUGAGGCUGAGGACCAGAAUUCCUGGCAUGAAUGUGGGAAGUGGGAACAGAAUAGUUCAUGUAUCUUAAAAGGUAAAGGUACCCCUGAACAUUAGGUCCAGUCGCGGACGACACUGGGGUUGCAGCACUCAUCUGGGAGCCGCCAUUUGUCCGCAGACAGCUUCCGGGUCAUGUGGCCAGCAUGACUAAGCCGCUUCUGGUGAACCAGAGCAGCUCACGGAAACGCCGGACACCCAUAUCACUAAAACUAAGGGGCCUGUCACGAAGCUGGAUGCUUUCUUUGAUCUUUGAUUUCUCAAAAGGGCUCUCAGUUUGGGAUUUGGCAAACGAAUCCUCAGUUGUUUAAGCGAAGCGUACCUGCAGGAUGCAUCAAACCUCUCUUGUGACUCUGAUGCAUACCAUAUAUGCCACUCAUCUGCUGCAGGGCAGACAAACAAAGGGUUCUUAUCUUAUUUAUUUUUUGCUCUUACUAGCGGAAGACCUGUGUAAUUUCACAAGAGGAAGGGAGGAAAGGAACAGGAGCUUCUAGUCCCUGGUGCCACCCUUCUUCCUUGCUCAGUCCCAGAUCUUUAUAUUAUUUAUUUAUCUUGUUUAGGCUUUUAUCGUAGAAUCAUAGGGAGGCAAGGGGCCUGAGGGUCAUCCAGUCCAACCCCGGCUGCAAUGCAGGAAUCAUUGCUAAAACAUCCAUGACAAGUAUCCGUGCAACUUCUGCUGAAAAACCUCCGAAGAAGCAGCUGCAUGUGGAGGAGCGGGGAAGCAAACCCGGUUCACCAGAUUACGAGUCUACCGCUCUUAACCACUACACCACACUGGGUCCUCCCCUAUCCUAGCCUGACAUGCGCACCCGGGUUAGGGAACAUUUAGCCCUCCAGAUGUUGCAGUACAAUAACAUCUGGCGGGCCAAAGAUUCCCCACCCUUGAGAUAGCGGCUACACCCAACUGGCUUUAUGCUUCGCCCACUUCCCUGAUUUCACCCCACCUCUCUUUUUCUCAGUGUUAAUACGGGAGGGAUAAUUGUGUAAACAUCUCUCCUAAUAAGAGGCAGGGAUGGGUUGUAAUUUACUUCUCCAGGUCCUGUGUGACUCAGAGCCAUCACAGGUGGAGCCGUUGCAAAGAUCCCUGUAUGGCAGGCUGAUGUCUGCACUGGGAUUCACUGGUUAGGCUGGAAUGGCAAGUUACCUGGGUAGUGAAAGAGGAAGCAUGGAGUUCUGGCAACUCCUGAGUGCUUGCUUGUCUCAAAUUCGUUUGCAGAAAUAGAACCACAAGUCUAGGAGAGUUCUUAACUGGCCCCUUGUCACUAGUCAGAUAAAGCAUUUGCAGGACUCUCUCUGUACGUGGCAUUGCACCAUGCAAAUGCAGAAUGGGAUGCAGUUUCCCAAAUGUUUGCUUGUUUUUUUUAAUGUAGUGGCAUAGCUUAGGGGUGGUUGCCCCGGAUGAAAAAUUGUUAGGUAAAGGGACCCCUGACCAUUAGGUCCAGUCGUGGCCGACUCUGGGGUUGCGGCACUCAUCUCGCUUUAUUGGCCGAGGGAGCCGGCAUACAGCUUCUGGGUCAUGUGGCCAGCAUGACUAAGCCGCUUCUGGUGAACCAGAGCAGCGCACGGAAACGCUGUUUACCUUCCCGCCGGAGAGGUACCUAUUUAUCUACUUGUACUUUGACAUGCUUUCAAACUGCUAGGUGGGCAGGAGCAGGGACCGAGCAACGGAAGCUCACCCCGUCGUGGGGAUUCGAACCGCCAAUCUUCUGAUCAGCAAGCCCUAAGCUCUGUGGUUUAACCCACAGCGCCACCCGCGUCCCUUGCAAAAUUGUUAGGGGUGCAAAAUUUCAACACCCAGUGCUGCCUCAAUACAGCUGCACGCUUCCGUCGCUGGGCUCCGUUGAAACCAGCAUCCACAUGCAAACCAGGAAGCGACUUCUCCAGACAAUGGAACCACUCUUUCAUUUCUUAUCUCUGCAGCUGUGAUCUCCUGAGUUACGUGGAUACUAUUACAUGCAUGCAUGCUACGUCCAUUUCCCUCCCACCCCCUACGUGCAGCCCCGGGCACUGGCAACCCAUGCUACACCACCGUUUUAAUGCACAAGUUUCUAGUCCUUGCACAAUGCCACAUGUGGGCACUGCCUUGUGGAGUCUUGGGGCACAGCUAGGCAGUAAUGGCAGCAGGACUCUGCUUUGCGGCUGCCAAUUCCCUAUAAAAUGUGAGGGUUCUGCCAGCGAUAUAAGGCACGAUUAAACUAGGCAAGAGGAUUGGGCAUCAUAGCACGGGCAGACAAACUCACGCUGCCUGUGCUUUUUUCUACCUAAUCCUGCUCUUAAUUUAUUUGUUCAUUUCUGUUCCUGAAUUGUUUCCUAUUCCCAGAGUUCCCUGGGAAAGGGGAUAGAUUGCUGAACUGCUCUGGGAACUAUAGUUCUGUUUGGCGGGGAAAGGAGUCUACUAACGAGAGCUGGACCAUAAAGAAGACUGAUCGCUGAAGAAUUGAUGCUUUUGAAAUAUGGUGCUGGAGGAGACUCUUGAGAGUCCCAUGGACUGCAAGAAGAUCAAACGCAUCCAUUCUGAAGGAAAUCAGCCCUGAGUGCUCACUGGAAGGACAGAUCCUGAAGCUGAGGCUCCAAUACUUUGGCCACCUCAUGAGAAGAGAAGACUCCCUGGAAAAGACCCUGAUGUUGGGAAAGAUGGAGGGCACAAAGAGAAGGGGACGACAGAGGAUGAGAUGGUUGGACAGUGUUCUCAGAGCUACCAGCAUGAGUUUGACCAAACUGUGGGAGACAGCGGAAGACAGGAGUGCCUGGCAUGCUCUGGUCCAUGGGGUCACGAAGAGUCGGACACGACUAAACGACUAAACAACAACAACUACUUUCUGCUCCCGAAACAAACUACAGCUCCCAGAAUUCUUUGCAGCCGUGGCGGGUGGGGAGCCAUGACUUAGCAGAACAGUAGUUCCUAUGCAUGUGUGGAGAUAGCCUUGGCAUGAUGUGAGCCGCGAGUGCUAGCCAUGAAAAGCAGUGUUGCAAAAACUGAAGUUAAUAUUUACUUUUUAAGAAACGUAUUUUCGGCGGGGCAGCAGCAGCUCACCUUAAGCCUUGGGUGCUCAAGAGAGGUUGAGCUUUCAGCCCUUUUAAAAUCUCUUCUCUCUUCCCUCUCUCCCUCCAUCUCUCUGUUCCCGCUGCUUCCUUGCAGACCCACCCGGGUACCAACGUCACAGUCAUUGAUCUGUUUGACCACACCGAGAGCUUGAAGCCUCUUUGGAUGCAAGUGGAAGGUUUCCGGCAAGCCAUUUACCCCAUCAUGCAGAAUGCUGUCGAUGGAGUCCAUCUCAUCUGCUACUCCCAAGGUAUGUGUGAGCUGAGGAUUUCAGAAGCUCUUUCUGGGUCUAGCCAAUGGCCCAUUGUCUGGUCACAGGAACACAGGGACCUGCCUUAUACAGAAUUGGACCAUUGCUCCAUCCAGCUGCUGGUGUUACACCCAUUGUCCUGGGUUUUAGAGACGAAUUUUUCUCAGUGUUAUGCAGAGAUUAUCAUUUUCUGAUUACUCUGGGAAGCACCAUGUUUUUUCCGUGUAUAACAUGCCCCUCGUGUAUAAUAAUAAAUAAAUAAAUAAAUAUAUAUAUAUAUAUAUAUAUAUAUAUAUAUAUAUACAAAAAUAAUUUUUUGUUUAUACCCCGCCCAUCCCGGUUUAAAAACCGGGCUCAGGGUGGCUAACAGCAAAUAGAAAACAUUGAUUAAAAUGCGACUUAAAAACAGCAUAAAACCUAUGUAUGCAAGCAUUCGAUUGACAUUGGAGAGAGACUGAGCUGAGAAACAAGACCAAGGGUACAUAUUGAUAUAGAAAUGUAUUAGAUAAAAUGUAAAGAAAUAUACAAUAAUAAGAGUACUAGGGUUGUUGAAGAAGAAGAAGAGUUUGGAUUUGAUAAUCCCGCCUUUCACUCCUUUUAAGGAGUCUCAAAGCGGCUAACAUUCUCCUUUCCCUUCCUCCCCCACAACAAACACUCUGUGAGGUGAGUGGGGCUGAGAGACUUCACAGAAGUGUGACUGGCCCAAGAUCACCCAGCAGCUGCAGGUGGAGGAGUGGAGACGCAAACCCGGUUCCCCAGAUUAGGAGACUACCGCUCUUAACCACUACACCACACUGGCUCUCACACUGAGCUAUUUUGCAGGGGAUGGCCCACAGUUUCUGAGCUUUUUUGGGGGGGUUGCCGAAAAUCCCUCACCCACUGGACUGCCACAGCCAAUCACAUGCACAUCGACAAAGCCACCAAUCGUCUACACGUCUAAAGCAAGCGCCAAGCACCCACAGUAAUUGCCACAGCAGCCAAUAGCCAGCAGGACUUGCCGUACCCACCAGUCACCCACAAAAACUCCACUGACAAUCUCUAGCUCGCGGCAGCCACCAAUCGCCCGUCCCAUCUCUCCACUAUCCGUGUAUAAGACGGCCCCAAAUUUUGAGCAUAAUUUUUAAAUACAGUGGUACCUCGGGUUCCAGACACUUCAGGUUACAGACGCUUCAGGUUACAGACUCCGCUAACCCAGAAAUAGUACCUCGGGUUAAGAACUUUACCUCAGGAUGAGAACAGAAAUUGUGCAGUGCCAGCAGGAGGCCCCAUUGGCUAAAGUGGUACCUCAGGUUAAGAACAGUUUCAGGUUAAGAACAGACCUCCAGAACAAAUUAAGUACUUAACCCAAGGUACCACUGUAAAACAACUUCGUCUUAUACACGGAAAAAUACAGUGGUACCUUGGGUUAAGUACUUAAUUCGUUCCGGAGGUCCGUUCUUAACCUGAAACUGUUCUUAACCUGAAGCACCACUUUAGCUAAUGGGGCCUCCUGCUGCUGCCACGCUGCCGGAGCACGAUUUCUGUUCUCAUCCUGAAGCAAAGUUCUUAACCUGAGGUAAUAUUUCUGGGUUAGUGGAGUCUGUAACCUGAAGCGUAUGUAACCCGAGGUACCACUGUACAGUACAUUGUAUUUUAGGGCCUUCAUAAGAUCGUCCUUCUUACCUGUAAACAGACACCACAAGACUGAGCAGUGACCACCACUUUGGGGUGUGUGUGUGUGUUUCCUGUAAUAAAUAUUUUUUUUAAAGAAAUGGAGCAAUGUGGAACAAGGUUGACAUCAUACAGGACUAGGGUUCUUCUUCCUCUAAAAUAUGACCCCCCUUCCUCUGUCUUCCAGGAGGACUCAUCUGCCGCGCUCUCCUCUCCACGACGCCCGACCACAACGUGGACACCUUCAUCUCUCUCUCUUCCCCACAGAUGGGGCAAUAUGGGGGUAAGUCGUGGGGCAAGGGCAAGCCAGUGAUUCCACACCUGGAAUACUGUGUCCCAAUUCAGGGCACCACAAUUUAGGAAGGGUGUUGACAAGCUGGAACAUGCGCAGAGGAGGGCGACUAAGAUGAUCAAGGGCAUGGAAACCAUGCCUUAUGAGGAACGGUUGAAGGAGCUGGGUAUGUUUAGCCUGGGAAAGAGAAGACUGAGAGGAGAUAUGAUAGCCAUCUUCAAAUAUCAAAGGCUGUCAACAUGGAGGAGGGAACAAGCAUGUUUUCUCCUUUCUGUGGAGAAUAGGACUCGAACCAAUGGAAUCCAAGUUACAAGAAGGGAGAUUCCGACUCAACAACAAGAGCAAGCUUGAGUGCUGCUGGAUCCUUUUCUCUCUCACUCCUCUCUAUAUAAAAGUAUAAUUUUUUUUAAAAAAGUGAUUUUAUAUAUGCCAUUGUUUUCACUGUUUUUUAUAUAUAUACAGUCAUACCUCGGGUUACAGAUACUUCAGGUUGCAUUUUUUUGGGUUAUGGACAUGCAAAAACCUAGAAGUAUGUGUGCGCAGACACGGCGCUGCGGGUUGUAAACACUGCGGGUUGCGAAUGUGCCUCCCACAAGGAUCACGUUCGUAACCGAGCGUCCACUGUACCUCGGGUUAAGUAGUUAAUUUGUUCCGGAGGUCCGUUCUUAACCUGAAACUGUUCUUAACCUGAAGCACCACUUUAGCUAAUGGGGCCUCCUGCUGCCGCUGCGAUGGGGGAACACUUUUUCUGUUCUCAUCCUGAAGCAAAGUUCUUAACCUGAAGCACUAUUUCUGGGUUAGAGGAGGAUGUAACCUGAAGCGUAUGUAACCCGAGGUACCACUGUAUAUGUAACUGUUUCUUCAUUAUCUUGUAAAUUCACUUAGGUGUGCCUCAUGGCAAUCAAUCAAUAAGAAAGAAAGAAAGAAAGAAAGAAAGAAAGAACGAACCACAGAGGGGGAAGCAAAGCCAGUCUGGUGUAGUGGUUAAGAGCGGUAGUCUCGUAAAUCUGGGGAACCGGGUUCGCUUCCCCGCUCCUCCACAUGCAGCUGCUGGGUGACCUUGGGCCAGUCACACUUCUCUGAAGUCUCUCAGCCCCACUCACCUCACAGAGUGUUUGUUGUGGGGGAGGAAGGAAAAGGAGGAUGUUAGCCGCUUUGAGACUCCUGAAGGGGAGUGAAAGGCGGGAUAUCAAAUCCAAACUCCUCUUCUUCUUCUUCUUUGAUUCCUUUUGUCAUUUCAGACACCAAGUACUUGAAGUGGCUCUUCCCGGAGCACAUGAAAUCCAACCUGUACCGUUUAUGCUACACGCAGCUGGGCCAGGAUUUCUCAAUCUGUAACUACUGGAAUGGUGAGAUUGCUGCUUCUAUUAUUGCUACUACCGAGAUCACAGAUCAUAGAACUGUAGUGUUGGAAGGGACCACGAGGGUCAUCUAGUCCAACCCGCUGCAAUGCAGGAAUCUUUUGCCCAACGUGGGGAUCAAACCCAUGAGUCUCAUGUUAAUAAUAAUAAUAGUAAUUUAUUAUUUAUACCCCGGCCAUCUGGCCAGGUCUCCCCAGCCACUCUGGGCGGCUUCCAACAAAAUAUUAAAAUACAGUAAUGCAUCAAACAUUAAAAGCUUCCCUAAACAGGGCUGCCUUCAGAUGUCUUCUAAAAAUCUGGUAGUUGUUGUUCUCUUUGACAUCUGGUGGGAGGGCGUUCCACAGGGUGGGUGCCGCUACCGAGAAGGCCCUCUGCCUAGUUCCCUGUAACUUGGCUUCUCGCAGCGAGGGAACCGCCAGAAGGCCCUCGGCACUGGACCUCAGUGUCCGGGCAGAAAGAUGGAGGUGUAGACACUCCUUCAGAUAUACUGGACCCAGGAAAUGUAAAUGUUCUACCAACUGAGCUAUCCCGGCAGCCCCGGGGUUUUGAGGCUUCCCAGUAGCUCUCAUUUACGUACCCAAUCUACAAGAAUGUAAAUUGCAUACAUGCAAUAUGCCAUGCAUGAGAGUUGGGACCUCAGUGAUUAUUUAUAUGAGGAUGGUGACGAUUAUCAAUAUGGGAGAAUCUGCAGAAAACACAGCCCAAGAAGAAUCCACAGCUAUCCCUGUUCCUCCACCACCACCUGUUAUUUGACAAUUUGAGUUGCCAAAACAGCAUUUGCUUACAUUAUUUUGGCAGUGCUUACAACGGCCCUGUAAGGUAGGCCAGGUUAUCAUCCCCAUAUUUCAAAUCAGUAUCCUUGAGGAUGAGAGAGAGAGAGAGCGCAGCUUGCAAGGACCAUUUGUGGCUGAGGGCAGAUAAGAAGCAGAGAUGUCCCAGCUAAUACUUUUAACCCUUAGGGACUAGCUCUGAUGGCUCCAUUGUGGAUUUCCCAUCCAUCAUCCUGUCUUUUGGAACACCGGAAAUUUGCCACUACCAGGAAGCAGGAUAUUGAGAUUGCUUAAACUCCAUAGAUGGUCAUUGCUCAUGUUUAUGCUCUUAUUUAGAUGUCAUAAAGUGUCAUAAAGGCAUUGCCCUCCAGACCAGAAAAACCAGUGACCUCAAAUAGUAUGUGGCUUGGCUCACUUGUGCGAGUCAUCGGCAGCUAUGAGAUUUCCCGCAGUUCUGAUGAAGUGUGCAACAUAUGCCAUAAUAAAUUAUGUUAGUCUGUUGCAGUAACAACAACAACAGAGUCUCGUGACACUUUGAAGAUGGUUGUAGCUGAUAAUCUGGCAUUUGCUUUCUUCUUCUGGCUCUUAGUAGUCUCAGUUGCAGGAGCUAACAAGGACUCAUUUGUCCUACCUCAGUACAGUGGUGCAUGACUAAGCCGCUUCUGGCGAACCAGAGCAGUGCACAGAAACGCCGUUUACCUUCCCGCUGAAGCGGUACCUAUUUAUCUACUUGCACUUUGAGAGCAGGGGAAAGGACCUUGAGCUCUUUGGAAAAGGAGGUGGGAGAUAGACAAAAUAAAUAAAAAUUAUUCUGUGGCAGGGAAAUGCACUCUGCACAUUCUCUUGAGUCAGUCACAGCUUCUUGCUACUGCUACGCUUGUUCCAGAGAUAAAACCUGCCAAUAAAAAUAAGUUCCAGGGCUUUGUUCAAAUCUAAAGCUGUCAUCCCCCCCCCAAAAAAAGAGACUGGUUUUUAAAAUGUUAUUUAUUUAUUUUAUAUUUAUAUAUUAAAAUAAGGGGGGGGAGGAGUUGGAGCCUGUCUCCUGGGUUCUGUGGGUAAAGGCCAGUGUAUAAAGCAAACGAGAUUUCUCUGCCUUUUUCAGAUCCACACCAUCGGGAUCUUUACCUCAACAACAGCAACUUCCUGGCUCUGUUGAACGACGAGAGGCUCCAUCCCAACGCAACAGGUAAUAAAGUGGCGUUGCUCCUCAGUUCCCAAUGUAAAAGGGGGAGUGGUAGGCUAGCCCCACUUGGCAGGCCUACCCCACAUCCACACUUGCAGCUGAUGCUUGUCUUAUCCUGGCAGCCCUGUCCAUACAGCCCCACAGCCCUGGGCGACGUAGGUCUGCGUUGCUAAUCUUUGGUCAGCUAGGUCUCUCAGGCAGUCUUCCUCGUAAUUUCUUUUUUUUCUUCUAUAAUUUUUAUUACAUUUUACAUUUUAGAAAAUUCAUUCAAACAACCUUAAAACACCAGUGACUUCCUUUCUUCUCUUUCCAUGGUUCGUUUUCCAAAACAUAAAUCCCUGCAUAUUUUAUAUAAACUAAACCAGUCAGUAUUCCAUUAUUACAUCCAUCAAAACCUAUUUACACUGUUGAGUUUAUCUUAAUGCUGCCCACGUUUUCAAAUAAACACAAUUUUCCUCCCUAUAGUCUAUAAACGUUUUCCAACCUUCUUUAAACAUAUGUUUAAAUGUUUAGUCUUGCUCAUAAGUUCCUUCCUGAGGCGGAGAGAGAACUCCGUUGCUAAAUACACACCCACAGCGAAGCAAUGACUGAAGAGAAAAUUGAAACGGGGGCUUCCUAGCUUACAAAUUAUCCUCUUAGGGCCAAACUAGUCAUGUCGGUGGAUGCCAAUGUUUGUUCGUUCAGGUGUCUCCCCAAUUCCUAUCUCAAACAUUUUCCUCCCUGGUCUGAUUCACUUCCAAUGUCAGCUGAGUUGAGAGAAAAGUGUCUGCCAUGAUAGAGUGCCUGGCUCUUCUCCUUCACCUGCAAGAGUGUUGUGCUUUAAUAAUAAUAAUAAUAAUAAUAAUAACAACAACAACAACUGACACCCACCCCCAAUUCCAGUUGAUUCAUGAAGAAUAAACAUGGCUGCCUCCCCUGUCCUGCCCUUAACCCUUGUGGUCCUCAUAGUCUUUUACUGCCUCUGAGGUGUUACAACCAGGCCAAGUCUCAAGUUGAAUAGGGUAGCUCUGUUUUAUUAAUUUUUUUUAAAAAAAGGCCUUGCCAGCAUCCUAACACAGAAAUUUAACAAGUUGUUGGCCCACAACAUCUGGUAACCGAGCACAACGUUUUGAAGAUGGAGUGUUCUUUUGUUUGCUCGAAUGCCGCUGCCUCAAGUUAAACUUUUCCCAAAAUGGAGAGUUAAAAUGUGGGGGUGGUGUGGGGAAAUCCUUGCUUGCUAAAAGUUUAUAUGUCAGGCUGCUGGAAUUCUCCAGAAAGGUUUGCCAGGCCGGUUCAGCUGUGGCAGCUAUAGAAAGGCUUGUAAAAAACCUUUCUGUGUUUUGUUUUGCCAAUCCUUUUUGGAACUGAUGCAGUUGGAUCCUGGAUUCCUGCCAUAGACUGCUUUCUGACUGUGCUGUGUGUGUGUUGUGUUUUAUGACUUUUCACUGGGUAUUUCCACCCACCCACCCCUGUUUUGCUUUAUUUUAAUCACCUGCUAUCUAGUUUUUAAUACUUCAAGCUGUCUUGUGGGUCCUCAUAGGAAGAAAGGCAGGCGACAAAUAUUUGAAGGAAAUAAAAGUACGGGAGCAGAGCCAGAAAACAAGUCGUCACAGCUUAUUCCUCUUUUUUUACUGCAGUUUGCCUUAAGACUUCUAAACAGCAAAGGGCUGUGAGAUCAGUAGGAAAUGGGAACAUCUGUCAGUUUUGUGUUCUUUCAGUUUCUCAUUUGUUUCUGUCCCCACCUUCCCACACCAAUUUGUGAGGCCAUAAUAAAAUUAAGUUGCUGGCCAUCACUACCUCUUACAGGAGCAAAUUAUGUAGAUUAACUCAGGUCCAACUUCCUUUCACAUCUCAGAGAAUUCAGAGUGAGGAGAGAUUGGUUGUUCUCUGUCAGGGGCAGAUGAAGGAGGAGAACAUGGGACAUAGGAGAAGAGUCUCCAUAGUGACUUUUGGGACCACAUUUCUGAAUCUUUUGCCUCUCUUUCUCUCUCCCGCAAUACAGCCUGGAAGAGAAACUUCCUGCGGAUCCAAAAGAUGGUUCUGAUUGGGGGUCCAGAUGACGGUGUAAUCACGCCAUGGCAGUCCAGGUGAGCUUUUGGAAGCCGCGAGAAGACCCUCUCACCCAGGUUGAGAUACGAUACAAUACGAUAAUCUUUAUUGUCAUUGUCCCAUACAGAACAACAAAAUUGAAAAAAUCUGCAUAAGACAUUCAGAAACCAACAAGCCUGCUAUCCCAACCUGGUUAGCCCCCUAAAAACUCUGAUACCCCAUUUUUAAAUACAAUAUACCCCCAUCGAGACUUCUUACACUGCAUCUAAAACCAAAAUCGCAUUUGGAUAGAAACUGUUUCUCAGGCGGCUAGUCCUAGUCUUGUGUUGAAGGAUCCUUUCUAGUUUCCCGCAUGUGUAAGAGUGAAAACUCUCGGUGCCGCUGCUGUUUUGAUUUGUCUCCAGCCUGUCUGCUGACUCAUUUGCCUGCUUAUGCCCCAACAGUAGAGCAGGAUAAUAAACUGAUAAUAAAUGAGGAUAAGGCUUUUGUCUCCAAGCACAGCUUUUUGCUUUCUCUGUCACUCUUCCCCCUACCCCACCCGUAUGUUAUCAAUGCAGAGACGCCAUUUGGACUUGCCAAUACAGUGGUGCCUCGCAAGACGAAAUUAAUCCGUUCCGCGAGUGUCUUCGUCUAGCGGUUUUUUCGUCUUGCGAAGCAACCCUAUUAGCGGAUUAGCGCUAUUAGCGGUUUAGCGGCUAUUAAAGGCUUAUCGGCUUAGCGGAUUAGCUGCUAAAAGGCUAUUAAAGGCUUAGCGGCUUAGAUAAAGGGGGGGGGAGCGAAAAAAAAAUCUCAAGACUCGCAAGACAUUUUCGUCUUGCAAAGCAAGCCCAUAGGGAAAUUCGUCCUGCGAAGCAACUCAAAAACGGAAAACCCUUUCGUCUAGCGGGUUUUCCGUCUUGCGAGGCAUUUGUCUUGCGGGGCACCACUGUAAGGCCAUAAGGCUUUUAGGCUUGUGAAUCAGAGCACACAGCCCAGAUUACGAACUUGUCUCACUGUUGAGAUCUUUGUUGGAGGGCCAGCUUUGGAAAGUCCCUGUUUCUGAAGUGAGAUAGGGCUGCCUAUUCCUCUGGCCCCUUCUGUAAUGCUUUUUAGGUGCCGUGCAGAAUCCCUGUUGUAUCCCUAGGCUAUUGAUACUGUGUACGCUUUCUUUGCUGCUAGUUCUGCCCCCCCCUGUAUUGUAUCCUAACUUUCUUUUUUCUCUUUUUUUCUUAAUUUUUAUUGAAUUUUACAAAAAAAGAAAAUGAAACAAAAAACAAUACAUAACACUGUAAACACAUUUAUAUGCAUGUUUUCCAAAAUGCAAACUGAAAAAAGAAGAUGCUUUUCAUAACCAAUAGUAUUACCAAAGUCAUGCUUCAAAGAUUACAAUAUAUAAAUCUUAGUUAAAAUAUUAUAAAAGACUUCCACUGCAUUCACCGCACGUCUCUUAGUUAUCUCGCUCGCCUUCACAUCUAUUCUUCAAUCAUUUCCCUCCUUUAGAUUCUUUCAUAAUCAGUCAAAUCUUUAUGUUCUCUAUAUUCUUCACAAGGUUAGUCUAGGCACAACCAAACUUUCGUAUUUGAGCCCUGCUUGUAUAGAUAUUUGUUUAAGCAUUCCCAUUGUUUCUGAAUUCUGAUUUUUGAUUUAUGCCUUAUUAAAUCCAUCAGUUUUGCAAACUCCAGGUACUCACAUAGUUUACUUAACUAUUCCCCAUUUGUUGGGAUAUAAUUUCCUUUCCAGUGACUGGCUACCAACGUUCUCGCUGCUGUUGUUGCAUACAGAAAGAUGUUGAUUUUGUCUUGUAUGCUAACUUUCAUUGCUUGCUUUGUUGUAUUUCAGAUAAGCUGCCUUGAGAGUAGGUAGAGCAGGUUUGUAGCUCAGUAGCAGAGCCUGUGCUUUGGAAUAAAACAGUCAAGCCCCAGGAUUUCCAUGCAGGGCUGAGAGAAACACCUUUCUCAGAUCCCGGGCAGUGUCGACAAUACUGAGUUAAAUGAACCCAAUGGUCUGAUUCAGAAUAUGAGGGAGCUUCCUUUGUUAGGUAUAAAUAUUUGUGUGAGAGAGAGAUAAAUUCAGCACUGCCACAGUGCCUCUCUGUUAGGUGGCGAAAUCCCUUAAUAGAUGUGGGCAUUUUUUUAAAAAAAAGUGGUGGUGAUAGCUGCCCUGAAAUAUACUGAAUUUUGCAAAAGGAAACAAAAACCCUGAAAUAUUGCAGGGUGUUGAUUUUACAGCCUGCAUGCUAUAUCCUGUACUGCUCAAAUCCAAACGCAGCACGUGGCUAAUAAUGUAUUAUCAGUAGUUAGGUCAUAAAUCAUAAGCAUCCACGUAUAAUAUAUGCAUAGUUAUGCAAAAGUUCAUAAACAAGAAAUAGUAAGCGUAAUAAAUUGCUGUCAGGGAACACCCUGAUGAAGGCACAGUAGUCAGUGUCCAGCAAUAUUGUAGUGGUAGGUGCUCCAACGUAGGGAGAAUAUAUUCAAACCGCUGUAGAGUGCAGCAACAAACAGCAAACAAAACAGGACUGCAGCAGGAAUGCAAGCAAAACUGUUGCUCAUCCGUGGCAGAUAGGAAUUGCCUCCUGACAAAUAGGGAGGGAAACUUUCAAUGCACUCCCCCCCCAAAAAAAUCAAUAGGAAAUGAAUUUAUUCUUUGUUUUUAGGCAUCAAAAGAUUAACUUAAACAUGUGUAGGUGACUAGCUGGUAACUUUCAUGGACUUAUUAGUCGGGAUAAAAUUGCAGGUGCAUACUUUUCAUAUGGGUCUUAUCACAGAAUUUGUUUAUUUGAAUCAUUUUCGCUCCGGCCUUCAGCCAAGAAAGACUCCCAGUGUGGCUUUCAGCCUUCACAACUUGAAAGAUGUGACACGAAAGGAAAAGGGAUUGGGGAGGGAGGAGGAGGAAAGCAAACACAGGCAGUGGUUCUUAAUUAAGAGUUUCAGGUCAUGGGGUUGGAUCUCAGCCCUGAGUGUGAGUGAGUGAGAGAGAGAGUGAGAGAGAGAAAGGGAUCAAGCACUGUCCUUGUAAUGAAACCUUUUUCUUCCCUCUUCUCCCUGCAGUCUGUUUGCCUUCUAUGAUGAUAACGAGAAUGUGAGAAAUAUGACAUCACAGCCGGUGAGUGAAGCUAGACUGCCUAAUUGGGGGGAUGGAGCCGGGGCAGCAGCAUGUUGAAAGAAAUGUACAUUUUGGUUUACUUGGAAAGGAAGUUGGUACAGUCAUACCUCGGGUUACAGACACUUCAGGUUGCAUGUGUUCAGGUUGCGCACAAGAUUUUGGACAUAAUAUUAUGUUUGCUGACUGGGAACAGUUAUGGACCACAGGUAUGAAAUUUACGGCAUGUAAUGCCCUAAGAGAGAAUAUUAUGAAAAUGAUAUACAGGUGGUACAUAACCCCAGUCAAGCUUGCAAAAAUUUACCAUCUGCCUGAUAAUAAAUGUUGGAAAUGUAAGGAAAUUGAAGGUACAUUUUUUCACCUUUGGUGGACGUGCCCAAAGAUUAAGGCUUUCUGGGAAAGGAUAUAUAAUGAAUUAAAAAAGGUAUUUAAAUAUACCUUCUUGAAGAAACCAGAGGCCUUUCUCCUGGGCAUAGUCGGCCAAUCGGUGUUAAAAAAGGAUAGAACUUUCUUUAUGUAUGCAACAACAGCAGCAAGAAUACUUAUAGCAAAGUAUUGGAAGACACAAGAUUUACCCACUGUGGAAGAAUGGCAGAUGAAGCUGAUGGACUAUAUGGAACUGGCGGAAAUGACUGGUAGAAUCCGUGACCAGGGAGAAGAGUCGGUGGAAGAAGAUUGGAAGAAAUUUAAAGAUUACCUACAGAAACAUUGCAAAAUUAAAGAAUGUUAGAGUGAUGAUGGAUUGAAAUUAAGUGGUUUCUAGCUGCGCAGGCUUUAAAGUUAUAUACAGAUCAAGAUUAAGGAUUAGGAUUAAAAAGGUUAAAAGAAAUGGAAAAUUGGCUAUUAAUAGAUAAAAAUUUAAUGUUAUAUUAUAUUAAGAUUAAGGAUUGGGAUUAAAAAAGAGGGGAAGGAAUUGCUGGACAAACAAACUGAAUUGGAAUACAAAAGAGGGAGGUAUGAGGAGGUCCAGAAAAUAAGUAAAUUCAAAAGUAGUGAUGAAAAGAUGGAAUUGUUUUUAACUGUUUUUUCUUUUUUUUCCUUUUUGUAUUUUGUAUUGUGUAUUUUUCUUUUUACUUUUAAAUUCUUUUUUUUUUAUUGAUGUGUUUCUUUUUAUCUGAAACUUUAAUAAAUAUCAUUAAAAAAAAAAAAAAGAAGCUAGACUGCCUAAUUGGGGGGAUGGAGCCGGGGCAGCAGCAUGUUGAAAGAAAUGUACAUUUUGGUUUACUUGGAAAGGAAGUUGGUACAGUCAUACCUCAGGUUACAGACACUUCAGGUUGCAUGUGUUCAGGUUGCGCACCGCACCGAACCCGGAAGUACCAGAACCGGUUACUUCUGGGUUUCGGCGCUCGUGCAUGCGCAGAAGCGCUAAAUCGCACUUUGCGCAUGUGCAGAAGUGCCGAAUCGCAACCCGCACAUGCGCAGACGUGGCGCUGCGGAUUGCAAAUGUUGCGGGUUGCGAACGUGCCUCCCGCACGGAUCACAUUCGCAACCCGAGCGUCCACUGUGUUGGGAAAGGAGGAUGUUUUGAAUUUUUAAUAUCUUGUUUUAAACUUGGAUUUCCAUUGGUAUUUUUAAAUGCGCGCGCGCGCGCACACACACACACACACACACACACACACACACUGGUAUCUUGGUACUCAAACGGCUUGGCUCUCAAACAAAUCAGCUCCCGUACGCUGCAAACCCAGAAGCUUACGAACGUUUCCCGGAAGCCGAGUGUCCGACGCAGCUUCCGCUUUGAGUGCAGGAAGCUCCUGCAGCCAAUCGGAAGCCGCGCCUUGGUUUUCGAACCAUUUCAGGAGUCGAACGGACUCUCAGAACGGAUUAAGUUCGAGAACCAAGGUACCACUGUAUAUAUCUUAGAAUGUUCCUGUCAGUUGCAAGUCCGCUCCUCAUCAACCUAAAGGCCUAGAUUUUGAAUGUACAGUGGUACUUCGGGUGACAGAAGCUUCUGUUUACAGACUCUGCUAACCCAGAAAUAGUACCUCGCGUUAAGAACUUUGUUUCAGGAUGAGAACAGAAAUCGUGCGGUGGUGGCAGCGGGAGGCCUCAUUAGCUAAAGUGGUGCUUCAGGUUAAGAACAGUUUCAGGUUAAGAAUGGACCUCCAGAACGAAUUAAGUUCUUAACCUGAGGUACCACUGUAAAUAUUUCUAGGCUGGUUUUCUUCCAUAAGACAUUCAAAAUGGCUCCUGAAGGCUGGCGGGGGGGGGGGUGUGCCUCUGGAUUUGAAAUAUCAGAGGAAACUCAAAGCAUUCCAGGCCUAGUUAAAACACAUGUGUAAGAACCAGGACCUCAAAAUCCCGUGGAAAGGUACGUGUCUCUUGCGCGUUGCAAUCUAAAGACACAACCAAGCGACACAUUAACUGGUUAAAAAAUCCCAUGCAAUUGGUUUUGUCUUCAGCUUCAUGACAGGGCAUUUUUUUUAAUUCUUAUUUUUUGAGCAGGAGUUUAAAUGGUCUCGUUUCUCCUUUCUCUCAGGUCUACCUGCUGGAUACCUUUGGCUUGAAGACUCUGGACGCUCGAGGCGACAUCGUUUUUUACAAAAUGCCAGGCGUCACCCACACAAACUGGCACUCCAACCUCACAGUUUAUGACACUUGCAUUGCCAAAUGGUUGACGUAGCUGGCGGGGACUUGAGGAGAAGCUGGCAGAGGAGGAGAGUGUCCUAAACCGAGAUGCGCUGUGGUACCUCAUCUUGGCAUUUCUUCCCAACCGAGAAGAAACCCCGCUUUUGUUACCUAUAGCUUUUUUUGUUUCGUUUUUAUUUUUAGGAUGGUUGAUAUUUUCUUUCAUAGUGGAAGAAACCUUUUUUUCCCUGCAGGACCUUUUGGGGAAGGCUGGGAGCAGUUUGGGGGAUUCCAGGGGGCUGCCGGGCAGGAAAUGUUCGUGCCAUUUUUUAAUUUUUGGCAGCUCCGAGCGAUGAAAACUGCAGGAAAAACCGCAAAAGGACAAUUCAACAGGAUCAAAUACUUGAGGAGAAUUGGGGGAGGGGGAGGGGAUUUAGGCGCUGAAUUUAGCGAAGAGACUGAAAUCAGGAAAUGUAUUACAUUUAAAUGCAACAGAUAAUGUUCCUAUUUCAUAUUUCCCGCUUCCAAACCUCUUGCAGAAAUCUAUGCCUUGUGGAAGCUGGCCAUAUUUCUCUUUGAAAUUCUGACACUGAAAAGGUUGGAUUUAGAAAAUGCCUUUUCAAUUGGACUUUUUAAAAAGACAUCACAUUCUUUCUGGCAAAAAUCUGAAUACUGUUUCUAAUGGAGACUAAAGUUCCAGAAAGGUGACAGAAACUAAUUGUGAGAACGUUUCAAUAAGCUAACAUUAUUUUGCACAGAUAAGUUGAGAUUUCUGCUUUGACAUUUCAACAGAGAAGAUGGGUCAGCUUGUAGUAUUUUACCAAAAGCCCAGUUCCCUGGCAUUUUCAAAUUUUAACCAUGUAGGUGUCACCACAAAAUCAUCUAAUGGUUCAGGGUUGCCAUUUUUCCAGUAAUUUGCUUCAGUCUUUUUGUUUGCACCACAAUGUUGGAAGGAGCUUCAGAGCUCAGUCCUCCAAUCAUAGAUCAAAACAAAUAUUUUAAAUUAUUGACUAAAUGGAAAGGCAAUAUGUAUUUAUUAUAAAUGUGUAUAUUUCCCCUCCUCCUUUAGAAGCACAUUCUCAGAAACUCAGGUUAGCAACAAAAAUCAAUGCAGACAGACACUUCGUCGUUUGCUCUGUUGUCUAUAUUUUUUAAAAAAUGAUAUGUGCUUAAACCACCCAGUGACAGCUGUUAAGAGGCAGCUGCUGGCUGAUUUUGGGAGAGCAUCUGCUAAAGUACCCUCAUCUUUUGGAGGGAAAACUGCAGAGCUUCACCACUUACAGAAAGGGAAAGGGACCUGGCGCCCUUUCUGAUGUUUUGGGACUACAACGUCCAUCAUCCCUGACUGCCGGCCAUGGUGCUUGGGCUGAUGGGAGUUGGAGUCCCCCAAGAUGCGAAGGGCCACAGAUUCCCCACCCGCCUGCUACAGUAUUAACUCUUACUAUCACCAAGGUACAAUAGGACAUAACGCAAUAGGACUCAGGUUUAACGCUGACUGUGGAUCCAGGCUGUGUUUAUGUGAAGCACAUUCAUUUCCUCAAAUAAUUACAGGCGCUGUCGUUUACCCCUCACAGAGUUACGAUUCCCAGCAGCCCUUAACAAACUGCAGAAAAGAAUGUGCCUCAAAGUGUAUACUCAGCUGGAGUUUGAAAAGGAAAUGAAAAGGGAAAUGAAGACAAGACAGGGUUCACUUUCAGCUGCACUUGGUGAGGCUUGAGGGGGAUAAUUAUUCUUGGAAAUGUUUUACAUGCUAUGUGGAAUGAGAGAAUGGAACGCUAGACUGCUCCACUUCUAGCAGCAGUGUUUUUGAAUGUUCCUCCACAUAAAAGAAAAACACAAAUCCUUUAUGUAGUAAACUGGUACACUGGAGAGAAAUGCUUAGCUUAGCGCUUUACCUGUUGUCUUAGCUGCCUGCAUGCUACAGAAGGGGCUUUUUAGCAGGGGAACAUCUAGAAAUGUGACCCACACAUGCCUGCAAUCAGCAGUCAGGCCACCCAGACUCCUUAUCCCUCCCUUUCAUUCAGUCUAAUAUGUUGAUCAGCGGGCUCUUAAUGUGUUUUGACGUUCUUCCUUUGAUGAGGUGAUGACCAGAGCUGUCUAGAUAGCCCAGCUAGCAAGCAAAUGGGCAGUAUUCAAAUUUCAUCAUGCAAAGUUUGAGUUCGUUUGCACAGGCUGCCUGGAUUUUUUUUUAAAAAAAUAUUAUUUGGAUAAAUCAGCCGAAAGGCGCAAAACUUAGGGUUUUACUGUAACGUAUGGCAAGCAAGGUAGAUUGUAGAGUUGAGGAAAAUCCUCACUACAGUGGUACCUUGGGUUACAUACACCAGGUUACAUACGCUUCAGGUUACAGACUCCACUAACCCAGAAAUAGUACCUCGGGUUAAGAACUUUACCUCAGGAUGAGAACAGAAAAAGUGUUUGACUAUCGCAGCGGCAGCAGCAGGCCCCAUUAGCUAAAGUGGUGCUUCAGGUUAAGAACAGUUUCAGGUUAAGAACGGACCUCCGGAACGAAUUAAGUACUUAACCCAAGGUACCACUGUAUUCCAAAGUAAAAGUGCAGGUAGUGGAGGUGAUUAAUAUCUGAGGUGCCAGAUUGCUGUGAGGUACUGAGGACUUCCUCCGAUUUUCUUCCUUGGCGUGAAUAGCAUUUUCGGUUUGCUGUCCGAGCACCAGAAGAAGGCUACAUUUGCACUGAACUCCCAUCUUUGCUUAAGGUGCAAAAAUCCUUGUUCCAGGUUUGGCUGAUUGACAUUGGGACCGAUAGGGCAGGAAGGAGGGAGGCCGGCAGUAGGUGGCGCCGGAGCCAAUGGCAGGCAGAACCAACGAAUUCUACUUUUGUCCCUAUCCUCCUCCCUGCCGAGUCCUCUAGGGGGCAGCACUAAGCAGGUGGAAGCUGACAGGCAGCACCACCCUCUGGUUGUAAAUAAGAAGGCAGGCAGGUCUGGAAUAGCAGAGAGCAGGAGGACAGUGGGGCAGACUGACAGUGGUGCUCUUGAGUGUGCCCCAUUCCAUUUUCCAUAUAAGUCAAGGGUAGGCAACCUAAGGCCCGGGGGCCGGAUGCGGCCCAAUCGCCAUCUCAAUCCAGCCUGCUGAUGGUCUGGGAAUCGGUGUGUUUUCACACAAGUAGAAUGUGUCCUUUUAUUUAAAAUGCAUCUCUGGGUUAUUUGUGGGGCAAAGGAAUUCGUUCAUUUCCCCCCCUCCAAAAUAUAGUCUGAGGGACGGUGGACCGGCCCACGGCUCAAAAAGGUUGCUGACCCCUGAUAUAAGUGAAUGGAUGCAUUUCCUUCACCGGGGGGGGGGGCGGCAGAGAGUAAAGCAUUGCAUUUUGGGCCACGGCUGCUGAGGUAAAGCCUUGGCAUUCGGUUGCAAACAUUUGGCACUGCCUUCCCAUGCAGCUGUCCAGUUUUAGCAAAGGUCUUAAGAUCCUUCUAGCGGGAAGUGCCAAGGACUGGAGGUCCUAAUAAUAGAAUAAGGACCUUUUAAAAAAUACGCAUUUGGGGUUUUUUUUGCAAAGCAUGUUCUGUACUUUUCCACAUGUGAACAUAGCCCCAACGAAGUCACUUGGGUUUGUUUCAGAUUGUACUUUGUUUCAGGACUUCACCUUCAGAAAUGUUCAUCAUAAUAAUUAUUAUUAUUUUGAGGCUCAAAUAGUUAGAAAAAUUGAUGGACAUUUGUGUGUGAAAUUAACAGAACUUGGGAGUGGGAGCUGUUUUGAGGAGUUCAUAAUUUACUAGCCACUAGUGUGGAUUUUAGCAGCAUUGGUACAGUACUUCAUAGUUCUGCAGAAGCUUAAGAUUUUAUUUACCGUAUUUUUCGCUCUAUAAGACGCACCAGACCAUAAGACGCACCUAGUUUUUGGAAGAGGAAAACAAGAAAAAAAAAUAUUCCGAAUCUCAGAAGCUAGAACAGCAAGAGGGAUCGCUGCACAGUGAAAGCAGCAAUCCCUCUUGCUGUUCUGGCUUCUGGGAUAGCUGCGCAGCCUGCAUUCGCUCCAUAAGACGCACACACAUUUCCCCUUCCUUCUUAGGAGGGAAAAAGUGAGUCUUAUAGAGCAAAAAAUACGGUAUUUUUUUUGUGUUCUCACAUGCAAUGUCUUGAAGGUUUUUUGGGUUAUUUUUGCCAUGUAGCUAAUAUAGGAUAAGGGAUAAGGAAAUGUUUUUGGCAUGAAUAUUUAUUUUUAUCAUAUGGAAAGCUGAAGCAGUACACAUUUUGGAUCUGACUUGAAGUAGUAGAAGUAAGUGUCCCCCAAAUUUCUGAUGGCCAAGGCAUGCUUUUAGUUGUUGUUGUUGUUGUUGUUGUUGUUAAAAUUGGAAGUGCAGGUGCUGUUGUUACACCUGAAAACCUUUCCUUUGGAAUGUGUAUGAGUCAGAACAGAGAAUCUCACCCCUUUAAUUUCUGCAUGAGCUGCUGUCAUCUAGACCUACCUCCUGAUUUAAAAGUGAGACUUCUGGAACAGCAGCCAUUGCUUCAACCGACAUUUAAAGCACACAGCUUCCCGCAAAGAAUCCUGGGAACUGUGGUUUGUUGAGGAUGCUGGGAAUUGUAGCUUGGUGGGUGCCAAUAUUCUUUGCAGGGAAGUCAUGUUUUUCAAAUUUAUGGUGUGGUCCUCCUGCCUCGUGUCCCUUUAGAAGGGGUGGUUUGUCCAAUGAUUUUCCAAUCAUGCCUGAUGCAGAGACAGGGCCGAAUUGUUUUAUCCUAUCUGCUUGCCUCCCAUAUCUGGAUUUGGAGGAAAGAGGUGCUAAACCAGUUAAUCGUUCAAGGAGUUUGGUGGGGGUUCACACAGACUUGCUCUUAGGGUGGCAAGUUGUGGACUACCCUGAGUUGGAUGGCGAGCCUGUGGCAAUGAAUUCCCGACACAACCACCCAUCCCACUUCCAGAAGGGUUGUGAGGGUGGGGUGAUCUGGUUGUGUGGCAAGGAGAUCUGGCAGCUGCUCAGCAUGUAUCUGGUACUUGCUUGUGUCCUCAGCGUGGCAUAAGUUACCUCUGAGCAGCUGCUGAAACCCUUUUCAAAUUGGGGUUAAUGCAAUUUGGGGGCUGCUUUUGAAGAGGGUAUGUACAUUUCUAACCACAAUCCACACACUACAGCCCUAUUUUUCUCAAUCUUUUGUCCAAUGUGGGACUCAAACCCACAACCCUGAGAUUCAGAGUCUCGUGCUCUACCGAAUGAGCUAUCCCAGCCUAGUUACAAUGGUGGGAAUGACUCAGCUAAUGAGUCCCAUCAGCAAAAGCCAUGUGCAUGGGCUUCGGCUUUUGUAAUAGGGCUCCCCCUCUAUUCACCCUCAAAAUUGGCUUGGGGUGGCGGCGGCGAGGUCAAUAAAACAGCACACAAGGGGAGGAGAAGCAGCGAUUGCUCCAUCUGGCCCAAAUGCUUGCUGGGACAGAUCGAUCUUAGUGCAACGUUGAGUUGGCAUCUGUUUUGUCUCGGGACAUUGAAUUCCUCCCAUUAAGUUCCUUGAGAGGAUGAGCAGAGGAGACCAUUUGCAGAACAGGUGAUCCUGGCAUUGCAUCCUCGAGAGCAAGUGAGAAGAGUGCAUGAAAAUGAUAAAAAAGUGAGUUUCCCCCCCACAAUGUAAAGCUAUUGUUUCUCAUUUUCCCGUGUUCUAAUAGCACAUAUCUGUGAAUAGCACAUGAUCUAUGAGACUUAGAGGAACUAUUACAGCCCGUGUGGUUUCUUUCUUUCUAAAUCUUAUUUGCAUCCCUGAAAAGCUUUAAUAUAAUCUGCAUUUCUCACACUGCCUUAUGUGAGGUUCCCGCCCCCCUCUUCUGUUUAGGCCCUUUGUAGCUUGUGUCUUCAAACUUAUGUACAGUUUAGAGCAGGCAUAGGCGAACUCCAGCCCUCCAGAUGUUUGGGACUACAAUUCCCAUCAUCCCUAGCUAACAGGACCCAGUGGUCAGGGGUGAUGGGAAUUGUAGUCCCAAACAUCUGGAGGGCCGGAGUUUGCCUAUGCCUGGUUUAGAGUGAAGACAAAAGGAAACUUUUAUUUUCUUUUUUAGAGAGGUGGGGUUGCUCCCUAAGUACACUUCGCUACAUUUAGUAGAGACAUUUCUUUUCCCCUGCAGGGCCAGACUCCAGAGGUGUGGGGGAUACAACUGUUUCAGGCUUGAACUGGAAACUCGCACGUGGGAAGCGAUUGGCAGGUUUCCCAUCAUGUCACCAAGGUCACAACAUACACCUCACACCAUUUUAACAACUUUAGGCUCUCCCAAAGAAUUCCGGGGACCGUAGUUUGUCCAGUGGUGCUGGGAACUGUAGCUCUGUGAGGGGUAAACUAUAGUUCCCAGGAUUUUUUGGGGGGAAGCCAUGACGGUUAAAGGCGAUAAAAAAAUGUGCUUUAGAUGUACAGUGUGACAGGGAUGUAAGAAAUGGUUUUUCGUCAACUGCUCUCUGCAGAAAGAAAACAUUAGGCGAUAAAGGAACCCAAAAAAAUCUAUGAACAUUCAUGUAGCAUUUCUGAAGAAUUAAAAAGCAGUUCAAAGUGAGAGCUGCUAUUCAAUUCGUUGGCAUGCCCCACCCUCAUUUUAGCUGUGCUUUGGGCCUUAUCUCACAACUGCCCUCUGUUUUUUUAUGUUCUGCCUUUACCUUUUUACAUGUCCCGUUGAACUUUUAUGAGUAUAAAUUCCUCGGCCUGGAGUUCCCUUACUGCCCACUGGGACUGUUUACAUAUUUAUGGUUUAAAAGAACCUUAUUUAUUGCUGGUAAGUUCUAAGCAUGGCUUGUCUGAUUGGGGGAGCGGCUAGAGUUCGUCUCCUCCAAAAAAAACCCCAACCCUGUGAGAAAUUCUUCCUCUGCCUUAGGGUCAGGCACAGUUUUGUCGAUGGGGUUACACAUGGCCUUCUUAUGUGGCCAAAGGAGGCUGGUUGCCUUCCCUGGCAUCUAAAGUCUCUCUGUAUUUAUAUGAAUAAAAGCAAUUUGUUCCCAAGAAGAAAA